AUGGCGCCCGUUCUGGUUGACAGGCAAGCUCUGACCCCAUCGUUUUCUUUUCUUCAAAACAUUUUAUUGAGGAAUAAAAUAUAAAUACAAAAAUCACCAAGUACCCUCAUACGUGGUAAUUUAGCCAAAAUAUUUAAAAUAUACACAAAGAAGAAAAUUUACAUUAUCACAUGUCUAAAUUUCAUCAUUCACUUUUAUGCUUUGAAAAUAAACAUGUACCCCAAAAGUGUAAAUAUUUUCAAAAGUUUUCCCAAUUUUUUCCUUACAUUCGUUAGCUUAAUAAUAAAGAAAAAGGACUUCAAUACUGUGCAAAUUUCUUGGCAAGUCUAUCUUCAUGAUGAUUCCAACCAGUCCAUCUGGAAGGCAUGUAAACCUUUACAUUAAAGUAUAGACUUAAAUGGGUAUUUCAGAUAUAUCCACUGGUAUAAAAAUGUUUUCCUGGCCACAAAAACUCUCAUAGUCUAUAGAAGAAUAGUCUUGACGUUUUCAAAUAAUUGUAUUAAUGUUGAUAGUAGUGUAGUAGCAGAGUGAUCAGUCUAUCAAUGGAUGGGAUCAAUCAGCCUCCUGAACAUGUGGAAGAAUUUUAUACAUGUACCUUUGGGUUUGAGGUAACAAAAUAACAUUAGGAGAAUUGGGAGUAGGACAUGAGAUUUUGAGUGGUCAGAUCAAUGCAAUUAUUUUUGCAAAAUAUAGCUUCCUUCCCAUCUAGUGAAAGGUUUUCUCUAGCUGAAAAUGUGAAUUAUGUAUAAAGGAUAGGUAUCAAGAAAAUUGUCAGUGUAAUCCAAGGCCAACUCUCAACCUCCAUGCUUUAAUGUUAAUAUUUAAAUAAAGGAUUAAAUUUAACCUAGUAUGGCAGAGAGUGAAUGGUGCGUGUAAUUGGUUAGUCAACCUUCUCAAUGGAGAAGCAUGUUGUUGCUUGAGGGAUGUUUUAGGAGUUGGUUGUUGUCAUGAUCCAUGCCGGACCUAUUGUCCCCCCGACCCCUACCCGCUUAAAUGAAAAGGGGGGGACCUAUUGUCCUCCCCCUGUCCCCCACCCAUGAGCGGCGGCCAACCAAUCAGAUUGCUGUGGCAGGUAAAUGUAGAGGCUUACCUCUCAGUCUCUUCAUUUACCUGUCAGAGCACUCUGAUUGGUUGGCUUGGAAUUAACCAAUCAGAGUGCUCUAAGUCAAAUUGCAGGGCGUGGGAAGGCUUUCCCCGACAUGCGGAGCUCAGUCUCCACAGUGUCCUCGCUGGGUGAAGAUGGAUUUCUUUUUUAGCAUCGAGUUUUGUUUUUGCAUGCCGUUUUUUUUUAGGGGGGGGUUUAACAGUUGCGACGGGUAUUAUGGAUUUUUAUUUGGCCUUUUUGGGGGCUGGAAAAAGAAGACAUCAAAUGGUAAGUUAUUUUUAUUUACAGGUGGUAUUUAGUUUUCCUUUACCCCCUCACUAUUUUUAGGGUGAGGUGGGUAGAUAGGUCUUUAUUAAAAAAAAUUUGGGGGGGUGACCAGGGGCUUGGGGACCCCUAGUCACCAGGUGGGGUUUACAUUUAGCCCCCACCCGUUGCCCAUGGGUGGGUACUGGGUAGGGGAGGACAAUAGGACUGCCCCCCAUAAUCAUUUAGGGCCCUCCCCUGCCGCUCAUGGGUGGGGGCCAGGGAGGAGAACAAAAGGUCCAUUUUAAUUUAGGGUCCCAACCCGCCGCACAUGGUUGGGGGCUGGGGUGGACAAUAGGUCCCCCCCUUUCUUAAUUUAGGGCCCCCACCCACCGCUCAUGUGUGGGUGCCAGGAGGAGGACAAAAGGUCAUCCCCCAUUUUCAUUUAGUGCCCCCACCUGACGCUCAUGGGUGGGGUUCAGGGUGGAAAAUAGGUCCCCCCCCAUUUUCAUUUAGGGCCCCCACCUGCCGCUCUGGGGGGGGGGGCUCUAGGGUGCUUUUCUUUUUACAUCUGCCUUUUGGUAGAUAGCUACCUAAUACCAUGGGAAUUAGGGAGUUAUCUACUAAGCGGCUGCAUGAAAUUCCAAUCCGAACAAAGUCCUAAAUUGCAUCCUAACAAUGAACAAAGUGUUCUCAUUCUGUUAGGACGAAAUUCAGUGGUUUCGCCAGCAUUCUGUCUAAGUAACAGGACGUUCGUGAAUACAGACAGGAAGCAUCGCGAGAUCAUGGAGGAAAGGUAAGAGUUGUGGGAAAAUUUCUCUGAUCAGAGGAAACGGAGCACACUUUGCCCCUCCGCUGGUCAGAGAUGGUCAGGCGUAGGAAACCUCCAUAAGACAAAUAGUCCCUACCUUAUCUUAUGUUUUAAAGAAAACUAGAGCAGACAGAAAGAAAUGAAGAACAGACCCUGACAGAGGGAGAGAAGAGGAAUCGAUUAAAGAGAGGUAAGUUUGGCAUGACAGUGCCGCUUUAAGCUGAACCUGGCUUGCUGCAGAUAAGAGAACGCUAUCUUCAGAUUUUUACCUUGCCAUUGAAAUGUACUGACGAUAGAAUCAAAUAUGUUUGAUGGAAAGUAAUAUAAGAAGCGUCCAUAACAGUUUUGGGAAUUGUUUAAACAAGCCCUUCCCAAGAGGGCCAAAAGACAGAGUUUCAGUUAGAUCUGUCCUGGAUAUUUUAUGUGACCAGAUCUCUAGUGGAGUACCAGUGUAAGCAUGUACGAUGUGCUUUAAGGUAAACCCAGUCCGAGAGCUACAGGUAUUAUUUGCUUCAAAACCCGUGACUAUAUAUUAUCAGCAAAAACAAUAACAUAAAUAGAAUAUGCCAGGACUUCAAGGGGAUUCCACAUGCCUAAAGCAAUGUAUCUUGCUGAAAUGCUUUAUGUGUGAAAAGUGUGUUUUUAAAAAAAUAUUUUUAAAUUUUACAAAAAGUGCAGAUUUCAAUAGAACUUGGCAUUUUUUCCCCAUUACCUUGUUACACCCCCUGGCUAUCAAUCAGAUAACCUGUAACUGUCCUGUUACUUCCUGGUAGUUUAGCUCAGAGGCAAGUCAUUUCGAAGAGCACUUGCCUUGCCAAGACUUCUCCUUGAGCUGCAUUGAGAAGUCUGUGAUUGGACAGACACAGAAAGUCUGGGCGGGAUUAGAAGGGGAGGGCUUGCAAAGGCUUCAGACAAGAAAUCCACAGCAUUUGAUAGCUGUUUUAGUUAUACCCUAAUUAAAACGCAUAAUUAAAUGCAUGCAUGUUUUAAUUGGGGUAUAUCUACUAAAUUGGUAAAAAAUAAUAUAUCUAUAUAUUAUUGGUGUGCUCCUUUAAUUAAAAGGAAUACGGCAGUAUCAUUAAGAACCUUGUGCUAGGUUGAAUUAGAUGAGAGAAAUCAAUUAUUCUUACCUCAUCUCUCUGCUCAUAACUGUGUUACAUUGUUUAUUGUGUUUAUUCAUGCUUUGAAUUGAAAGGAUUGCUAGUCUUCAAAAAUUUCCACCUUACGUAUAGCUACAAUUUACAGCCUAAAUUUUACAAUUUGCUUUUUAAUUCAAUAUAAUUUGCUGUUUGGUAAAUAAACCCCAACGCAGUCUAUGCAGCUAAUUCCAAAACACAAUUCUGAAAAAUAUUGGAUCCCACUUAAAACCAAUUAAUAUAAUCCUUGUUCUGAAAAAAUAAAGACUAAACAAAUGUCAUUAAAGUUGUGCUGAAAAAGCAAGAACGACCGUUCAUCUUAAAUGCAAAUUUGGCUCAGCUCGAAGUAGCUCAAUCAGUAAACUAAUGAAAACAUUAGCAAGCUGAGGUAGACAAGUUGUGUACACAAAUGCACUCUAAACAGAUAUUUGCACCCAUGUAAGGCACGUUUCACUCAAUUAUAAACACUUUUUGCUUCAAGGCUAGCCAGUAUUACAUUCCUUCACAAACGACAUAAUGUCAUGAAGAAUUAAUAAAAAGAAAAAAAAAUAGUAAAAUACUGUCAAAAUAUUAAGUAAUGAUAAUUCUUCCGCAAGAGUGCAUAGAUUUGUGCAUUAGUGCUUAAUCUGCCCUCUGGGGUAGGAAGGACAGAGGUAAUUGGAACGUUUAGAAUGGCAGAUCUGAAUAAUAUUUCUUCAUUCUAUGAAUAGCAGUAAGAACUAAGCACACAAAUCCCCUUACGCUCCACUAGAACGGACACACACACACAUCCGUACAGAUCACACAGACAGACAACCAGCUGUUUCAAAUAGUUAAGGAUUCAGUCUCAUAAGGAAACUGUGCGGCUUCCUGCAGAACAGGAUCGUGCAAAAAAGCAAGUAAGUUCAACUUCUAACCUUUAUAUUAUUUCUUCUUUAUCAUCUAGUAGAUGUUUUCUAAGAGGGAACCCCAGUUUACUGAAAUGGGGGAAUAAUAAAAUUCUAAGACAAAAUUAUCAUUUUAGAAUUUUAGAACAUAUGGUUUGUAGACACAACUGUCUUGUUUGCCCCUUUAUGCUUGCUAUAUAUUCUUAACCCCCUCAUUUUUUGAUAUCCCUGUAUACGGUAUAGGAAAAGAAAUGCUAUUGUUCUGGUAAUUGGUAAAAUUAUUAGUUCAUAGCUGAUUUAACGGUAUAACUAUCAAAAUGACAGGAGAAACAGACAAAUAUAGUUUAAUUGUUUUUUUGUUUUUUUUUUCUUAUUGAGGCUGCAUAUCACUUGUUUUCGUUUCUACUGUAAAAUCUCCGGAGACAUUUCUAACUUUUUUGUGUUCUUAGAAAUUAGUUAAAAGAGCUAUUCUUUUAGUCCCCGGACAUUAGGGUGUGCAUCUUAUAAAAGGUCCAUAUUAAUUUAAUGUUAAAUCAUAAAGAACAUAUGUUUAAAUUUAUCAGGCAAACUUAAAUGUGUUUUUUUGUUUUUUCUAACUUUUUGUUUUACGUUAAAAAAUAUAUUCAAAAGUGCAGGUAUGGAUGUAACUGGGGUAUACGGAGGACCAUCUGGUCCUACAUUAAGAUGUAGCUGGACACAUCCCUUGUACAUAUAAAAAUUUCAGUGUGACAUCUUUCCUUUCUGUUCUUAUUUUGUACUUAAAAGUCUAAUGAUGCUUCUAGAACAUUAUUUCAAGCUCACAUUCCAUACUACUUGUGAUUGAAUUCUGGAAAUAGGACACAGUGCUGUUCGACAUUAACAUUGCUAUUUACUAAGAUAAAAAUUCAAAGUGAAUUUAAAAUUCAAGGUAAGACUAGCCAAAUUGAAAUUUGACCUUAAAUUUGAAAUUCACUUUAAAUUCUCACUAUAGUAAAUAGCCCUGUUUGUUUAACGCUGUAUCCUUACAGUGUUUUAACCCAUUUGAUGCCACAUUUGAGAUAUGCAUAUGGUAUGGUAUAUGUCUGGUAUGCAUGUGUGAUCAUACUGGUCUGUAAUUAGGACCAAAUAUAUAUAAAUGUAAAAUUGGAUGUGUUUAGCAGCUGUUUUACAUCUGUAGUAGUUUCAAGUAACAUUUUAACUGCAAGGUUUUCUUAUUUUUAGACAUUUUAUGACAUAGUCAGUAGGGAAGCUAAAGAGUCAUGUUACUAUGCAUCCUCUAGGGUGGCUGUUAUUUGCUCCAUGUGGGCUUUGCUUCAAAUUAAUCUCUGGGGUUUCUUCUCUAAACUGUGUUGCUCUUAGAUUUGUCACCCAUAGAAAUCGGUCACCCCAAUCAUUCAGAACGCCCAAGGUAUCAUAGCCAAAGAUGGUUGCUUAGUGAGGUGCUGCAAGGUGAGUUAAAUCACACUGAGGUUUAAAGGUUGCUCUGCAGCCCCAGGAGGUAGGAAAUUUAAGGUUAGGUGGUAGAUGUAGGCAACCUUUGGCACUCCAAAUGUUGUGGACUACAUCUCACAUAAUGCUCUUAUGGCCAUAAAGCUGGCAAAGCAGCAAGGGAGUUGUCCAAAACACAUGGAGCGCCUGGAUUGCCUACCCCUAGAUUAUGUUUGUACAUGUCUGAUUAAUUAUUCAAUAAGCCUACCCCAAAAUCUUAAUCUUACCCAUUAAUAUUACUGUUACUGUAAGUGUAAUGAAUCAUAACCUUUUAAAGUCAGUUGCUAAAUCUAACCCUAAUUUAACCCAGUUUCCUAGUGCACCCUUAAAGUGCUGAGUAACCCAGACUUUAAUUACACUGCAAGUUUUGGCAAAGCCCUCUUCAAUCAAUGUGUAAGUAGGUUCCUGUGAGAUCACGUGGACCACCUACCUUCGUUCAACAUUGGCAGUGCAUUUUAGUGGUGAUAGUGCCAGAAGUGAGAAGACACCUCCCCGGUCCAAGUAGUCAAACCAUUUGCCACGUUUGACUUUAUAUCUAGGGAGCUGCUAGGAGUUUUCGUUAGCUUUCCUGAGCUAAGACCAGCCAUGCCGGGCCAGCUCAUUGGCUAAGAGUGCAAGCCGACUGCUCCAUGUGAAUAAACAAUGCUAUGUUCCCGGCAGUCGUAGAGGCAGGGAGCAGCUCUCAUCGGACGCCAGAUAAGAAGCCAAACAUUAGCAUUCAGUUCGUACUACUUACCUUAAGAACUGGCAGAGUAUUCCUGGCACCAAAACAAUUACAACAUGCUGGUGGUUAUGGUGUUUGGAGUAUUAUUUUAACCCCUUAAGGACCAAACUUCUGGAAUAAAAGAGAAUCAUGACAUGUCACACAUGUCAUGUGUCCUUAAGGGGUUAAGACAGCAAUCUAUUGUGAGAAUUUCCCAGGUGCUUGAUAAAUAUGAAGAACCUCAUUAUAACUAGUGGGACCUCAAUCAAAUGACAUGCUUCCCCAAAUUAAGUUCCUAACCCAGGAGUUAAGAAACACUGCCUUUUUUUAUACACGGUUAAAUCCGUCAUUGGUAUGAUAAACAUAUUCCCAUAACCUUUUGACUAAUAUUUGCACUAUACCGAAGUAUAACAUGUGCAGCUGGGACUUCAUUUGUAAUAAGGGAUAAAGUUUGCAACGGCAGAAAUGAAUGGUCUUACCUUAUUUAAUAUAUUUGGCAAAUCUCUACACUUCCAUAUUUAGUAAAUAACCCCUGUGAUAAUAAGUUGGAACCCUGCAGAAUCUGUUGUUUAGAGUUAGACUAAAGAGAACCGUUAGCUUGAAAGGACCCUUGUUGCAACUUGCUGCGGAGUUACUGCCAAGUUACUGUGGAAAGACGGUCUGCACAGUUUCAGGAUGUCAGACUGCAACACCCUCCUGCAGUUUACAAAUUACAACUAUCAUAAAUAUCAAUAAGUACAAUCAGCUGGAUAGGGGGCUCAUGUCUUGUGUGACAGAUUUUUUCUCUUUUUUUGUGAAAUGCUGCUUUUUUAAAACAUACGGGGCUAUUCAAUAAACUGAAAAUUUUCAGCAAUUGAAAGUGAAUUUCAAAUUUAAGGCCAAGGUAGCCAAACUGGCCUUACAUUUAAAAUACACUUUGCAUUUGAUUUGAGUUUGACGUUGUUCUUAUGGCGGAAGCAGCUCUGUUUGUCAGGAAAACAGACACUAGAUGUGUAUUUAACCCUGCAAUGUAAACAUUGCAGUAUUUACUAAGCGUUUUAUAUUGCAGGGUUAAAACUAAAGGACUACUACACAUAGACCACUUCAUAGAGUAUAAAGUGGGUAUGGGCGACUUUAUUGGUCCAUAAAGGAACCUGAUUGAAGUAGUCUGUCUGCAGUGUCCUUGUCCCCUUAAUCCUGCAAUGUAAUGGUUAAAAGGACACUACAGUCACCAAAACAACUUUAGCUUAAUGAAGCAGUUUUGGUGUAUAGAUCAUGUCCCUGCAGUCUCACUGCUCAAUCCUCUGCCAUUUAGGAGUUAAAUCACUUUGUUUAUAAACCUUAGUCACACCUCCCUGCAUCUGACUUGCACAGCCUUCCUAAACACUUCCUGUAAAUAGUCAUCUAAAGUUUAUCCUUCCUUUAUUGCAAGUUCUGUUUAAUUUAAAUUUUAUUAUCCCCUGCUAUGUUAAUAGCUUGCUAAACUUUGCAAGAGCCUCCUGUGUGUGAUUAAAUUUCGAUUUACGGAGAAAGAGAUACAAUUGUUUAAGGUAAAUUUCAUCUGAUUGAAAGUGCAGUUUAUUUUCAUGCAGGUUGUGUCAAUCAUAGCCAGGGGAGGUGUGGCUACGGCUGCAUAAACAGAAACAAAGUGAUUUAACUCCUAAAUCGCAGCGAAUUGAGCAGUGAAACUUGAGAAACAUGAACUACACACUAAAACUGCUUCAUUAAGCUAAAGUUGUUUAGGUGAUCAUACUGUUCCUUUAAGACAACCUUUAGUGGUUGUAUUCCAGACUGCCACUAGAGGUGCUUUCUGCAUUCAUACUUUGCAUGAGGACGUCAAGCGUCUUCAAAAUCCCCACAGGAAAGCAUUGAUUCAUUGCUUUCCAAUGAUUAAGUUCUAAAGGGCGUAUGCUCAUGCUGCGCAUGCGCAUUAUGUUCUGCUAACUGGCCUGACGUAGCAGAAGGAGAAGACUGAUCCAUGCUGUGCAGAGGUAAGUGUUUAAAGGGGUUUUAACCCUUUCUUCACUAGUUGGGGGAGGGUUGCAGUAGAAGAGGUACACUAUAACAUUAGUAAUACAGUUUUGUAUUCCUAACACUAUAGUGUUUCUUUAAGAAAGAAAUAUCUUCAUUGUGAAUAUAGCUAAGUCAGAAUUAUUAUUUUUAUUAUUAUUAUUAUUUUAGUCUUUAUUUUACAGUUUGGAUUUCAAUUCACCAAUUACUAAAAAAAAAAAAGAACCUACUAAGAAGUAUAUACACUUUAUCAGCUGUAAUCCAGAUGUCCCAAUUUAAGAAAGAAUGUUGCUUUGAAGGCGCUUAAUUGAAAAAUCUAUCUUGGGGCCUACAGCUGACAGUUAUAAUUUAAGCCACAGGUGCACAGUAUGCAGUGCAGACACAAAUCUCAUGCUUAAAUGUUACUACUUCUAUUGAGACACAGUGGAGAGACUAUAAAUCAGGCUUCCCCAAACUCCGGCCCUCCAGAUGUUGCUGAACUACAACUUCAUGAUUCUCAGCCUAUCUAUUUAAUUCAUAGAAUCAUGGGAGUUGUAGUUCAGCAACAUCUGGAGGGCUGGAGUCUGGGGACGCCUGCUAUAAGUGUUAACAUGCUGAGAGAACUUUUCUCUUGUGGUUUGCACCCUGGCGGUUUCCCAUUUUCAAGCAGUUUGACAGUGAAUGAGGGUCUUUGGCCUCUCACAGCCCAGCCCCCACUGGAGGUAUUGAGGUAAAGCAGAGAUUACACACUUAUUUCUAGUUAUACCAAUUUAUACCAGCAAUGUGAGCUGUGAUAGGCUGAAAGCGCUCAGCUGACACUCUCAGCCAAUCACCACUGUCCAUUGCUGGUAAGGCUAACAUUUCCUUGUUAAUUCAAGAAGCACUCUUGUUUAGCAUUAAAAAAAAACAGGUUAACGAUGAAAGGAAGGAUGGCACCAGGUGACUCCAGACACUAUAACCACGUCAAUGAGAUGAAGCAGUUACAGUGUCCCUUAAACCACAUAGCUGUCAAUGCUGAUCUUGCAGCUAAAGUUAUUUUCUAUAUCGCCAUUUUUUUCCCAUAUAGUGUGAUACCUUCUAGAACAGGGGUGCCCAAAAGGUAGAUCCCCAGAUGCUGUAGAACUGCGACUCCCGUGAUGCUUUGCAUGCCUCUAGAAUGACUUUAGAAUGGCAUAGCAUCAUGGAAGCUGUAGUUUUAAAACAUCUUGGGAUCUACCUUUUGGGCACCACUGUUCUAGAAGAUAUUAGAUGGGGAAAAACAGGCUUCUAUGAAAAAAAAGGUUUCUGUGAAAAAAAAUCAGCAAGGUGGCAAGGUUUUCAGAAGAAUAACAAUUUGGCUCAUGUACACCACAAAUGUGUAUAUAAGUGCCCAUAGAACUUUGGAGACUGGGUGUGACAACUUCUGCCCAUCCUUGAUAUAAAAUAUAUGUUUUAUCCUGGCAUUUUCUUUUUUUCUGAAAUGUCUUUUUAGUGCAGAAAGCGGCUGCCCAAAUUGAGUGGUUUGUAAUGUCAUGAAUUGCAAUUGAGUUCUUGUUUUCAGAGACGUUUACGUAGCACUGUCUGAGAGCAGCUAGGAAACAUAUCCUACUGAUAAAUCAAUUCGAACUAGACAGGUGCUUUAUUGUAUGUUUUUACUUUUAUGGUAGAAGGGGUACUCUGGUAUGGCAUCCACAUUGUAAUUGUCAUGAUGUGUCUACGAGACCUCUAUAGUUGUAAAAGAGAUUUUUUUUUUUUACAAUAUUUAAAUAGCAGUUUUUUAUAAGACCGAACAAUAAGUAAAAAGUUGACAUCAGACAAAGUACAUUCCAUCAAAAUUUAACAUAUAAUACAAUGAAGCAAAUUUUCUCUUGAAUCGCAAUAUAACACUAAAGCAUGAGCGUACCCGAGAAACAUUAUGGACAUACCAGAGUGGCCACAAUUAGAUACUGGUGGAGAUGUUUAGAAUACAGAUAGGACCAACUUCUUUACGUCAGUAUCCCAAUGAAAAGUGUUUAGCUUGCCAGUGAGAUAAAGACAAGAGGAAUAGGAUAAAGGGGGAGGAAGAAUAUAAGAGGAGAAAAUAAGAGAACCAUGGGACCAUGUCCUCAUGUGGUCAGUCGAGGUCAAGAAGGAAGCCCCCUCUCGGGUAAUGGUUGCAAGAGUGGCCUCUGUCAGUGUCCCUCCUAUACUCUUAGUCUAUUUUUAUGGUCUAUAUUUUAUCAUGUCAGACAUAUUAUGUUGGAAAAUUAUCCCUACAAUCUCCUCUACGGUAGCCAACCAGUACUGCAAUGUUGGUAUGCCUAUCGACUUCCAAAACUGGGGAUGAGUGAUUUGGCUGCAUUUAAUAAGAAGUGGAGACUCAACUUUUUCUGUGUUGCAAGAGGGGUGCUGUGGUGGAGGAUGUACUCGGACCAAAGGGGCGUCAGAUUAUCUAAGAUAUCCGUAAUAGCAUCUUUGACUCGUCUCCAAAAGUGUGUAAUUUCAUGACAGAACCACCAGAUGUAGAAAAAAAUGUGCCAAUAAAACAGGCAAGUCUAAAUUAUUAAUUGAAAGAUCUGUAAGAGAGGAGUUCUACAAGAAACCAGUUUGGUCUCACUGGAGUGGCCCCUUGGAAAAAAACAAAACUUGUUUUCGAUAUUCAUUAACGCACACUGAAGAGAAUAGAAAAAUGUACAUGCACUACGCAUGGCUGCAAAUAAAUAAAUAUCAGGUAGGAUCAGAAUUAACUUUGAAUAUAGGAACUAAGCAGCUGUUGAUAACGUUAAUUUGCAUGCAGUAAUGGGUAAUUUCUAAAAAAGUAUAUGCACACGCCACAAAAAAGAGUUGUUGAUGACAAUUCUGUUUGUCAGCAGUUUGAUGGAAAUAUACAAAAUGGAAUUAGGAAACGUGUGUUUUGCACUUAAUGCAUCUGAAAAAACAAAUUGGCUUCACUCUUAGUCACUCUCUUCUUGGAAAAUGUUCAUUUGAGCCCACAAGGUGUUGCAACACACAACUUUUUUUAGCAAGGCACAGAGGUUUAACAAAGACACGUUUUGGGUGGGACUAGAGAACAUCUGGGUUUUGUUAUGUUGCACAUUAAUGAGGAAGUGAUUGGCAUCACGUGAUCCAAAAUGUACGUAUUUAGUAACAUGCACCUGCCCCCUGCUCUCCAAAUCUCCAAAGUCAUGAGAAGGAGGAAGGGAGAUUUGAAUGAAGCGUGUGAUUUGGCCGUCACAGUGACCAGUCUGCUUUGCUAUCCCAAUGAGACAUAAGGUUCCAUUUAGGGUAAGUAUUGGGUUUACGGUUGGGGACUAUGUAACUACCUGGCUAAGCUAUACACUGGGAUACUGCUAUAUUUGGGGUCUGUGAAAUCAGCAGGAUACAAUUCGUGGACGUGUGAAAUUUGCCAUAGAAGUUUGUGUUUACAUGUGUAUAACAAUAUUGCUGCUAAUUAUGUCAGAAAAUUUUAACAAAAUAAUUAUGUGAAACUAGUACACAAAUCCCUUUCAGCUCUGCAGAACAAAUUAAAUGCAUGUCAAGAAACUGAGCAAUUUUUUCAUAUUUGCCUAACAAAUUAGAUUUGGUCUUCCUUAGAUUGUCAAGCUUAUGAUUCGUUCAGCCCAUUUGAAAGGGAUUUGUGCACAAGUCUAGUAAUUGCCCUGGUUGUUUUUUUUUGUUUUUUUUUAAGUGUUCCAUGAUCAUCAUUUUGGUUCUAUGGGGGGCUGAUAUUUUUCCCCAAAGGGUCCGGUCUGUUAAAUUGAAUUCUGAAAUGCCCAGAUCUGUAAUUUGACUCUAAAACUUCCCAAAACAACCUGUUAAGCUAUAAUUUGAGGUACUGUGGUACCAAGGCAAUUUAGCUGAACACCUAUUGGGUCUUUUAUUCUGCACUGGCCUUUGUUAGGACAAACUCAUGAUAAAAAUGGCCAUACAUCGCAAGGUUUUUUGGGUUUCCAGAUUUUACAAGCAUAUAUAAUUAUGUAAUAACAAAAGAAGAGUUUUUGUGUAUAUAUAUAAUUUUGUGUAGCAGUUUAAGAGUGGUGAACACUAGUGAAAUUUAUGUCUCAACAUACACUGUAGAAACCGUAAAUUACUUUGUAAGUCACAGCUGCUAACCAAUGACUACAAGCCUACAAAGUGUUGUUAUCCCCAAAAUCAUCAAAGUGAAUUAAUCAAUUUUGAGAUAUAUUUCUCUAGGUGUAGUAAUUGUAUAGAAAAUUAGAAAGUAUUAUAAGUAAAACUGUGGGGAGGGUGUGUUUUGUUGGCUGUUGUUAAUGUUGUUUUAUUUAUUUUCUAUCUGAAAACUUUAUUCUGAUUUUCUGUGGUUACAAAGCAACAUUUGGUUCAUGUUUUUUUUUUUAGACAGUAAUGUUUUAUAUUUUGCAUAUAAGCGAUGAAAAGAAAGCUCAAUGUGCAUUACAAAAUAUAAAAUUAAAAAUAUUUUUAAAAUAAUGUAAAGACAUAUGUUUGGGUAGAAAAUGACAAAAUUGCUUUAGUCCAUGAUGCACAGGAACUUGGAAAAAUCAUGAAUGUGUUAGGUUAAUCUCCUUGCUGUAUUUUUUGUGAUUACAACAACAUAAACUAACUCAUAUUGCUAGAACCCAUGUCACAUACUGGAUGAGUAUCACAGGAGCAUAUCACAUUGUGUGUAGCUAUUACAAAAUCUUAAGAAUUAUAGGUUUUUUUUGGAUACAGUCCCAGAAAAAUAGGUCCCUGACAGCCUGCGUAAGUGGAUAGGCUUUCGUGUGGCUCUCCUCCCUGUGCACUCCCACCCCAGGAAGUGGGCAGGGAAGAUUGACCGGUACGAAUAAUAUAUACAUUUAUUUUCAUGGACGCUCCUAUGAAAGUAUCUAUUGUAUAGCACUUGGUUCAACAAACAUCCAAAAUGUUCUCAUAAAAUAUGUUGCUAAUGUAACCAACAGGCCAUCAACACAACAUAACGUCCAAUCAUUACACAUAGCGUAUGAAGCUGGGACUAUAAACCAUUUAGCAAUGACAAUAAACACUGUCUGAAAUAGUGGUUGUGUGGUUUAACUCCUAAGUCUGGGAGAAAUGCCUGUACAUUAGGGUAUUGGGACAGGAAGCUAAGCAUAGGGACUGUCCCAUGAAAUUCAGCACCGCUAACAUAAAUGAGUUGUAUUUCAAUCCUAUAUAUCCUGCUAGGAGCUGAGUCAAAGCUUUAUGGCAUAUCUAUGGCUCUACCUCUAUGCUAACUACUUGACGGUGGCAUAGCGUGGGUUACCAGUGUCUAGGAUAAGGGCAAGACCGUUAGCACUCCCAAGUCCCUUAACGUGUGCCUCGAUAUCCCCUUCCCUACCUGCCUCGUCUCCAUGAUGUGUGUAACACUGAUAGUUGCGUUGCAUCAUUUUCAAAAUCUACACAGAAACAUAGAAUGUUUAGUUCAUUAGUCCCUGGCCUUAUCUUUAGUCUAGGAUAGCCUUAGGCCUAUCCAAUACAUGCUUAAACUGCCUCACUGUGUUAACCUCUACCACUUCAGCUGGAAGGCUAUUCCAUGAGUCCACUACCCUCUCAGUAAAGUAAUACUUCCACAUAUUAUUUUUAAACCUUUGCCCCUCUAAUUUAAGACUAUGCCCUUUUGUUGUGGUAGUUUUUCUUAUUUUAAAUAUAGUCUCCUUCUUUACUGUGUUGAUUCCCUGUAUGUAUUUAAAUGUUUCUAUCAUAUUAUCAUGUUAAGAUCCUUUAACCUUUCCUGGUAAGUUUUUUAUCCAGCAAUCCAUGAACCAGUUUAGUAGCCCUUCUCUGAACUCUCUCUAAAGUAUCAAUAUCCUUCUGAAGAUACGGUCUCCAGUACUGUGUACAAUACUCCAAGUGAGGUCUCACCAGUGUUCUGUACAAUGGCAUGAGCACUUCCCUCUUUCUACUGCUAAUACCUCUCCCUAUACAACCAAGCAUUCUGCUAGCAUUUCCUGCUGCUCUAUUACAUUGUCUGCCUACCUUUAAGUCAUCAGAAAUAAUCACCCCUAAAUCCCUUUCCUCAGAUGUUGAGGUUAGGACUCUAUCAAAUAUUCUGUACUCUGCCCUUGGGUUUUUACGUCCAAGAUGCAUUAUCUUGCACUUAUCCACAUUAAAUGUCAGUUGCCACAAUUCUGACCAUUUUUCUAGUUUACCUAAAUCAUUUGCCAUUUGGCUUAUCCCUCCUGGAACAUCAUCCCUGUUACAUAUCUUAGUAUCAUCAGCAAAAAGACAUACCUUACCAUCAAGACCUUCUGCAAUAUCACUAAUAAAAAUAUUAAAGAGAAUGGGUCCAAGGGAGGUAUGUUAAAUUCUAACUUUAGGCUCCUAUUAACAACUUCUUCUGACAUCUGACCACUCCACUGGAUUUAGGCUGAAUGGUGACUGAAUAAGCAACAUACGCUUAUCAUAUGGUUACAUUUUCUGUAUGGCUUGUGAAUAUCUAAAGGAUGGAGUCCACAUCUUUAUUUUUCAUCUCCAGACUGUUCUUCUACUAUGUUUGAUGUCGUGAUAAUUUAAAGCAAGUUUUGUUCAAAGACAUUCUGGAUCUGUUUUGUGUCAGAUUUGUCGUGCUUGCAUUAUGUUUAACUACAAAGAGCCUUUAGUAAUUUUCGUACUUACACAAUGACUGACUGCUCAAUGUGAUUUAUUCACUAAACAAUGAAUUGUAGUAAAUUAGAAAUUUAUGUGAAAAAAAUCAGGUACAAAAUGUCAAACAACUAACUAUAGCAGAAUUAUAGCCCCCAACAACAACCCUGACACACCAAGCUCACUCGAUACUCCAAAAAUGCUCCAGAAAUGCUGAACGCUGUUGGAGAAAGUCUCACCGUGCGUCUGACAUUCUCCACUAUAAAUUUAUGUUGAGCUCAUACAGCUUGGCUCUUUCCUCUGCAAAAGUAAAUUACUUCAAUACCCUCAUAACCACACUCUCCCGCAAACCCAAACAAGUAUUUCAUUCAUUUAACUCUCUUCUUCGCCCUGUUGUUCCUCCUUCACCUACUAAAAUGACCUCAGACUUUGCAACUCACUUCACUGACAAGAUCUCUUCAAUCAGGGAAGAGAUCUCUCAUCUUUCUUCUUCCCCUUACAAUACUUUCCCUAACUUCACUACCUCUGCUGUUCUAUGUUCAUUCGCACCCGCUACAUUGGAAGAGGUUUCUGCUCCAGUCCUCCUGCCCCACCACCUGCUCCCUAGAUCCAAUUCCCUCACAUCUCAUCUGUACUCUGUCUUCUUCUCUUUCUCCACCUCUCACUAAAAUUCUCAAUCUCUCUCCUCUGCUAUAUUUCCAUCGCCCUUCAAACAUGCAACUGUAACCCCAAUUCUAAAGAAGCCCAACCUUGACCCUAACGCCCCAUCCAACUCCCGUCCUAUCUCUCUACUGCCUUUUGCAUCCAAGAUCCUUGAAAGAAUUGUGUAUGCGAGACUGACAGACUUCCUCGAGUCCAACUCUCUGCUAGACCCGCUUCAGUCUGGUUUCCGCGCUAAGCACUGACCAAUGAUACUGCUCUGACCAAAGUAUCCAGUGAUCUAGUCACUUCAAAAUCUCGUGGUCACUACUCUAUCCUAAUUCUCCUUGACCUGUCUGCGGCUUUUGACACUGUUGAUCAUCAACAGCUUCUUCUCAUCCUCCGCAUUAUCGGUCUACAAGAUAUUACUCUCUCCUGGUGCUCCUCCUACCUCUCCCAUCGCUCUUUCAGUGUUUCUUUCUCUGGCUCUGCUUCUUCUCCCCAACUCCUCUCUGUUGGUGUCCCCCAAGGUUCAGUCCAUGGUCCCCUACUGUUCUCCAUCUAUACUGCCUCCCUUGGUAAACUCAUUAGCUCCUUUGGCUUUCAAUAUCAUUUCUAUGCAGAUGACACGAAAAUCUACCUGUCCUCUCCUGAUUUCUCCCCGUCCCUCCUAACUAGUGUCUCUGACUGCCUCUCUGCUAUUUCUAAUUGGAUGGCUGCCCACUUCCUUAAACUAAACAUGACUAAAACCGCUAGAUGCUCACCCAGUCUCCACUCCUUCAAAAAAAUUAUUAAAAACCCACUUCUUCAUAAAAGCGUAUCAAUUGAACUGUUAAUAGCUCCAGACUGAUUCCUCUUCUGCAACUGUCACUAGUCUAAUGCUAUCCUUACCUUUUGUGUCAUUUUACCCCACUCCCUCUAGCAUGUAAGCUCAUUGAGCAGGGCCCUCAACCACUCUGUUCCUGUCUGUCCAACUUGUCUGGUUACAACUACAUGUCUGUUCAUCCACCCAUUGUAAAGCACUGCAUAAUUUGAUGGUGGUAUAUAAAUAACAUAAUAAUAAUAAUAAUAAUAAUAACUAUAAUUAGACCGUUUUUGCAACUUGGUUAUUUCUGACAACAUCUUGCAAAUUAGCUUUCAGACACAGGGUGUACAGUGAGUACCCAGGGCCACCGGAAUUUUAGACGUGAUGAUUGCUCCAUAAGCCGAGAAGACCAGCUCUGUUCCCCCUCUUAUUUUUUUUUAAUUCAUUGUCAUUCAGAUCACUACAAUUCACAAGUGAAUAUCCCCUAGUCUCUUUAUUCAAACCAUAUAGUUGAUAUGACUGAGAUUAUGCUAAUAAUGUGCACACGAUUAUAUGUGCCUUCCCAACCAUAGACGUGCAUACAGGAAGAUCUAGGAAGGUCUCUUUGACCGGUCCUGUACUCUCUUGUCAUUUUUUAUUAAAUAGGGAGGUCUUAGAUGAUUGGCAUGGAGAAGAAUAACAUAGAGCAGAAACACAGGAUAUAAUCUCUUGCCUUGGUAUUACACAUAUUCUAUAAAACAAAGUCAUAUUCCACACACUGAUUAGCCAACUUUACAAAUCCUCCAUGCCUGCAAAUUAAGCAGAGCUUCAAGCACAUCUAUUAGGACCUUGUAGUCAUCUGCCAAAUGAUUCUUACUAUGAGAUUUACUCUUUGAGAAGCCUGUGAUUGGACCCUGCAAGGCCCCUCUGACAUCAGGACUGUACGUAGAAGUCUCCCGGUGCUGGAUUCCAGGUAAGUAAAAUGUGUUUCUUUUUACAGGUUCUAUUGCACUGGGGGGUGCGGUAAACAUUAUUCAUAGCGCCAAAUUUGCCACUUUUCACAGAAAAGGUCCCCCCUCCCAAGAGUUGAAGUAACCCUUUAAUCAUAGACUAUGACUGGAUACAAAAUACAUGAGACCAUGGUGCAGCUUGUGUGUCAUGUUGUUUUUAUGAUUCAUGAUUAAAAAGAAUUUAUUCAGUUUCCUCUAUAAUUUAGCAUUAAAAUAAAAAAUCCUGUAACUCAUCUACAUGGAUUUCAACAGCUGCAUAUUGCACCUCUGAACUUAUUAAAUUUUUACCUUAUAAAAGCUCUUUAUCUAGGACAGUGGUUCUCAAACCAGUCCUGGUGGCCCACCAACAGUCCAGGAUUUAUGUAUUUCCCUGUUUUAUUCCAAUGGGGAUACUGACAAAACCUGGACUGUUAGUGGGUCUUGAGGACUGGUUUGAGAACCACUGAUCUAGGACCUCAAUCACCCAGUCCUCACGCCUAAAAGAAGAAAAACUACCACAACAAGAGGACAUAGUCUUAAAUUAGAGGGACAAAGGUUUAAAAAUAAUAUCAGGAAGUAUUACUUUACUGAGAGGGUAGUGGAUGCAUGGAAUAGCCUUCCAGCUGAAGUGGUAGAGGUUAACACAGUAAAGGAGUUUAAGCAUGCGUGGGAUAGGCAUAAGGUUAUCCUAGCUAUAAGAUAAGGCCAGGGACUAAUAAAAGUAUUUAGAAAAUUGGGCAGACUAGAUAGGCCAAAUGGUUCUUAUCUGCCGUCACAUUCUAUGUUUCUCCCAAGUGUCCCUAUUUAGGAUGGGCAGUGCCUAUUUUGUUCCCAAAUGCAUGUGUCCCUCUUUUCUAGGAGUUCCAUAUGGUUGUUGUGUCUGAGUAUAUAACAGAGCUCCACAGCAAUAACCCGCACAUUAAUGUGUCUUAAACCACAAUAACUUUGUUGUUAUUAAUUGUUAUUAACAAGUCACCUAAAAUUUCAGAGAACAGCCCGUCUUUGGCCACACACCCACUCACACUCUUAAAAUUUAAGUAUCUUCUCUAUCCAUUAAAAUGUUGAGAGGGACAUAAUAAUAUAUUUGUAAUUUUGUGCUGGAGCUAGUUGCAUCCCCAGCACACAUGACAUUGGUAGCCCGCUACUUCGGAAUGCGUAAUCUCAUUUCUGUACAUUAAUUACGUCUGUUGUCAGUGGGCUCUGCAGGCUAAUAACAGACAUCGAACUCUUCCCGUUGCAAGAAAAGCGCCUGCAAAAAGGAAAGCAGCCCUACCCUCCCUCCCUGUGGGUUCUCCCUCCAUCGCAAAUUUGGCUUUUUUAAAAACAAACUUCCUCUUUCCCACUUCCUCCCCUCUCCAGUGCAAUGCGUGCAUAUACUAUGAGCUGACCAAAUGGUCCAAUCACAGCUUCUCUAUAAUGUCUCAGUGAGGUCAGGAGGGGGCGCGGAAGUGCAGUGCCGGGAGCUUGGGCCGGUGCUCGGUUUCAAGUAAAUAAACUGUUUUUGGAGGUUUUACUAAAACUUAAAGGGGGAGGUAGGAGGGGCUUCUCCACAGUACCCAAUAGGGCAUAUUGCACCAGAAAGGUCCACCCUCUCAAAAGGGUUAACCAGAAGUAUGACUUUUCUUGGCUCCAUUCACCAUCAAUAUGUAAGGAAUGAAGGUAAAGGGUCCAAACAGGUAAUCUGCCUAGGGCCCUGUAGGAUCCAAAUUCUUCUCUGGCGUUUGCGAUUCUGAGAAACAGGUUAUGAAUUAGGUACAUUUUCUUUUGGCAGCGAGCUGAGCUGCAGGUGUGCAGCAUGAAUGUAUGGAGCAGUAAGGUAUUCUGUAAGACGUUUGUUUGCCAAGGUUUGGGAUUCUGGCUGCUGCAAAGUUUGGCACUAUUUUCUGCACAUUAGCUAUAAGCGUGAAAUUGUAAAGUUACUGGUAUUCUAGUGAGAGACGUUGGAUAUCGUACAGAAUUGUUGAAGAUCAAGAGAGUUAAAGCCUGAUCUCAAAUCAAAUGAAACAAACGCUACUGCUGGAAGAUGGCUAAUACAAAAAAUUGUAUUUGUAAUUUAAAUCGGUACUGUCCCACCUCCAUUCAAAAAUAAGUAUUUCCUAAAUAUAAAAUCUUUAUGAAAUACGCAGAUUGACUGUGUUGGAAUUUCAUUGAAGUUCCAACCCAAUCAAAAGAUAUACUGAGACAGUGUAGGGACUUCUUUGUCUCAGUAUUUUUCCUACACCUGACAAAGCUUGACACUAGACGGAGCUACCACUAUUAAGCCCUGUCAUUUCAGUAGUGAUGGCUGUAGGGAAAUUAAUCUCUUUCUAUGGAGACUCCUGAGGUCUCACAGGAUCCUCCAUAGACCUCAAUUCUGUACUCUGGCGAAUGUGCGAGAGUACAUUGCUGACAAUGGCUCCUGGCAGCUGUACGGGCAGGAAGAGGAUGGCGACGCCUGCGUGGGACUGGUUCGGGUAGGUAAACUUCACCUCUGCCUGCAUCCCCGGCUAUCGGACUGUGAGCAGCAAUGUUACCACCUGGUAUCUUUAAAAAAAUUAUACUGUCAGGUCCCCUACCCCCGCUCCUCUUGCGGCGACCUUGCUUACCUCAUCACAGCGAGCGGCGUUAUUUGGCCCCAGUGUGUCUGACGCUGCACGCUCCAGAGCAGCUUCCUUAUAUGUGUGCUGCACCCAGUCAUGUGACCGGGUACACAAUGAUGACCUCCAAGACCACAAGGGAGAGAAGAAACUCCUCCCUCGUGUUGUGGUUAACACUAAUUGGAGGUUAGCCAAUCAGACACCCUGUGUGUAUAUAAGUUAACCUCUCCCUUGCCUCAGUGCCCUGUUGUGGUCUUUGGUUAACCAUUGAGCAUUGCACUUGUUAUUUGGAUUUCCUGGUUACUAAUAUUUGGCUUAGUCUCUCGUUAUUCCGCCUCUCUGUUUUCCUUGACCUCGGCUUGUGUUUUGACUACCCCUUUUUGCAUAACCCGAUCAUUCUAAGGAUCGGUAUUGCAAUUCUCUCUACUCUGUCCUGUCUGCGUGUAAGGGUACCCUAGUGAACGUUACAUAUACAAAGACCCCAGGUGGUAACAGAUCCGCCUUAAUUGAAAAGCUGGAAAAUGUGCUGUAUUUUUGGGGGGCCGCAUAAACUAAAGACUAGAAUGUGUCUUUCAAUUCUUAAUCUUUGCAGAAGAAGAUCUGGGAAUUGUCUGCAAAGAAUGUCCAGCCAAAUAUAUAUUUUUAAAUUUUAGUUACACGUUUUAAUCCAGUAUUUAUCUAAAGAAUAAAAAGUGAAGAGAAGUUUUAUCUGUGGCCCUGCUGUCCAAUUAAACCAAUCUGCUGGGGCAAUGCUAGAUUAGAGGAUGAUAAUUGACACAUAAAGGAUGUUUACACUCAAUAAAUGUGGGGUAAUCUGCUACUCCUGAGUUAUUUGCUAUUUGAAUAUUCAUAAAAAGAAAAAUUGUCAGACGCAUCUGACACGAGUUCCGGCCCGGCGGAUGGAAACCGGUACAAAAGUGGUGGCUAUCAAGCACAAAAUCACUCGAGGGUGUGCCACCCAUGUCGAGGUGCCCCGCUGAUCACAACGACACCACUCCGGUGCAUGCGGAAGCCGGGAACACGGAGAUCCAAAUGCGGCCUACUGGGGCCAAAGUGGGGGGGGAGACCGCCGCUCCCCUCGGCGCACGAGCCCACAAGCGAUCUCAUCACAGCCUUCCCCCCCGGACCGUGGGGGAUAUCUCGGUCCCCUCUGGCCACACAGACCAGCAAGGAAAGCGUGCAACACAGCCACAAGACAUGGCGGGGCAACAGACCCACAAGGUACAGUCAAAAUGGCUGCCCAGCCCAGAUCUACAAAACGGAGCAACCGCUCUAAAGCACACAUGUCCCCUAUGGAAGGAAAGCCCUGCCAAGCCGAGGGGCAACCCACCGACAAGCUGACCUAACAGUGGCCUUGUGGAUAAGACCAGCAGCGAGACGCAAAUAUUAUAAGCAGGUACCCCUAGCAUCUAAGAUGGCCGUCAGGCAAAUCCGAUACCACAGGGUCCUGAGAAACGCACGCUCCCACCCGCACACAAGCAACACAGGGACCUUAAAGCAAGCGACGCACGCAAAUAAAGCGUCUGACCUAGAUUCCGGUUACAAGCGCAGCACCAAGCACCUCUCCCCGACCAAUGCUGCAACACAAGCGGCUAAGAGGCUACACAUCAUGAAGAGGCUUAGCGGAGCUGACCCCUGCAACAGAAACACCGAGCCCUGCGGCCAUUAUGAGCCUGCAACACUCCGCAGCCACGCUAUAGCACCCAGCCCAUGGGGGCCCAGUGAGAGAGAGGUCUGGCGGGGAGACAUCACCGGAGACCUGCAUAACAGCCACCAUGCCAGCGACGCCCGGGCGUCGGAUGAACAACCAGGACUUACCAACAGUAAUCGUGAGCUCCAUGUUGUGCAGUAUAUGGAACCACGAGAUGCAAUGCUUUACACAUGUAAUAGUAAUUAAACCCUUACUGUUUGAGCCCAAAGUGCAAUUAAUCUCCCAGCACCAGCCUAAUCUAAAGCAUGGUCCGUGUGCAACCCUAAGGGGCCAUUGGCCAACAAAACCCUAGUGGGUACAUCAUGGGCAGGCAAUGAUUACCGUUAUAAUUGUAUUAUUUUGGGUCAUGGUAUGCUGAAUCUCAAAUGGCGAUUAAGAAUUGGCGGUAUUAACCCCCUCACCCCUCCUCGGUGGCUUAAGCAUGUAUUUUUCAACUUACGACCACUCUUAACAUGUCUGACAAUCUCCCUGAACCACACUUUUCACUUAUCGUAGUACAUGUAAACUUAGCAUGAUUAUUAUUUUAAUAAAAUAAUGUACCUAAGCUUAGGGUGACUGGAGUAACUAGGAGGUCCCGGGACUUUCUUUGGUUUAAAGCUGUUUAAUUUCUCUGCAACGACCUGUAAAUACGUUUGAACGCUAGCAUUAUACCACACUAAGAUGUGAUCCUGCAUGCAACACACUAUGUCUCCGCUUGCACACAUAUAGAUGAAGCACUUUUAAUCUGCCUAGCAUAUUCUAAAAACAUUGAACUAGCUAAGACUGCUCAUAUAUAUGUACGCUAACCUCAUAAUCUGUCUAGCACAUACUAUAACAUAAAACGUUAUCUUACACAACUAUCACAGACAAUAAGGAAAGCUCACACUCUAUCACUGUCUACCCACAGUCUAUAUCUCUAUAUCAGUCUAUAUCUCCCCUCAACAAACACAAAAAUGUGCUGCCUACUGUUAUACCAUGCACAACAGAAAAUAAAGAAUUUAAAAAAAAAAAUGUAAAAAAACAUAUGCGGCCAAAUUUGGAUGUUCACCUUCUAUGCAAUUUUAAUGCUGAGCACUUUGCUGUGUCAGGGUUGAUUUGCUUGUAAAAGACCAGUGUCAGUGUCCAAACUGGUAAGGGUCCAAACCGGUUAUUGGCUUAUAGCUUUGAAUUUGCACAUUUGGAGAGAUCUGCUUCAUUGCUUUUUAUGGGUGAGAUGCAGACCGGGGCAUUUGCUUUUUAACAAAGACAAAUGGCCAAAUUCAGAACAUAAUGACUUAAGUGAAGAAUGAAUUGUAUGUUGAACACAAUUUUGUUCAUGCAAUUUGUCUGUUAGGUGAGAGAACAUUUCCAGACAGAGAAAGUGUUAAAGGAAUACUUACAACUUGUAUUUCAAGCACUAUAGUGCUGGACUACAUAAGUAGGUGUCUGGGCUCCCUGUCUGUAGAGUUUAAAGGUGUUAAGCUUACAGUUUUUCCACUGUCGUGCCGGUCUCGCUGUGGCUGAUCUGGCAUCCAUGGACUUGACUAUAUUAAUUGCUUAGAAGGAAAAAGUUAUUAUUAAAGAUGACAUAAUGUAAAUAAAUAUUUACACUACCCCUCUUACAUAUAUGUUUUGGGUGUUUCUUUUACAAGUUUAACUCAUUUGAAAUUAAACGCUGGGUGAAGCUCCUGGAGCUACUCAGCACGGCUCCUCCUGACGUCACAGCAGCCACGGCUUCUGAUACAUGGUUGUUUCACAAAAGAUCAACAUUGGUCAGUAUAAUCAAAUCCAGACAACCGACUAGUUGGUGUUUUUAAUAAAUGUCAGAAAUACUUUCCAAAUGAUUUAUCCGCAAAAGCCACCAUUAAAGUGCAUGGGUGUUUUUGUAGAUAAAAAAAAAAAAUUCCAAAUGAUUUAAGUUUUUAAAUAUAAUUUUUUUUUCAAAAUAUUAAAAUAUCCAAAAAUAUAGCAUUCACAAAAUGUACCAAAUAAUAUAAAAAUAUUGAAAUAAUAAAGCAAUUUUUUUCAAAAUAUUAAAUAAUUUAAAAAAAUAUAGCCAAAAUUUUUAGAUAAUAUUGAAAAGUUUAUCCAGAAAUAUUCAAUCAAGGCUCAGCUUUCCAAAUAUUAAGUGGAGGCCCAAGUUGUUCCCAACACGAUAUUCAAGGCAGACCAACCAUCCAGGAUUUAGGUAUAUCAGUAGUCUGCAGCAGUGGACUACGAGUGUGCCUUAAAGACUGCGCAAGCUUUUACGGGUCUAAUUACUGAAACACUGACCGGGGGUGGUAUUUAUUUGUUAAUACAGAGUACACGGAUGGUGACGUCAUCCUUGCAUUUAUUUCUCGUAAUGAACUCAGUAUAAUGUACCGAUCACCUCCAUGCGGUUCGGAGGCCCUAAUUUUGGACAGAAUUGAGAAAUACAUGUUCUGGUCUGCCCGAGCUUAGUGGGAGUUACACUUCCAAGUGAAGACGAUGUAAUCUUAAUACAGCUUGUUCCCUUGCUGGAUUAGUGGCAGUAGCUCCAAUUGUUGUCCUCUGGGACUAUUACUCUCACUAAUACAGUCUGUGCCCCAUUGCUGAUCUAACAGUAAACAUUUAAGAGCCUAACACAACUAACCCCAACCUAAAAAUAUCACGUUAAAUAAAAGAUGCAUAAUGGCAAGUAGUAUAUUAGGGAAAAAUAAUGCUAUCUUGAGGUUCUGGAGACAUAUAUAAACCACUUAGCCUUUGGUCCAUGUGGUUUAUUAAACGUCCAUUAUGCUACCCAUGAUUUGAUUUGAUUUCCUUCCUUGUAUUUUGUAGACUGUAAAAUAUGCCGGCUUUCUCUGAUGCCAGUGUUAGCUGCUCCUGAGACACUAUGCUUUCCCAGGCUCGUCUACUUCUGAGAUUUCUAAACAUCACAUUCUUUACAUUCUCAAUGUUUCAGAAUGGCAGUCUUCAAAUUAAUCCCAUGGUCCUAAAAAAAAACCCCACUAACAUAAUACCAUUGAUGUCAUUGACUGCACUUUUUGCCAAGAACAAUAAAACGAAUGUCUACUUCACUUGUCACCCUUUUUGGGCAUCUAUGACGUCCUGUAUGGAUUUGAUGACACUGAAGAAUAUUCAUUUGUGAAAUUGUGAGUGUUUGUUUGUAAUCUGUUAAUUAUUGUGUAUCUUGAGUUUUUGGUAGUAAGGAUACAAAGGAAUGAAUCAGAUCUAUUAAGACCUGCAGCUAUUUAUAGAGAUGUCUAAAACUCAGAACAUAGUUGAAGUCUGGACAUAGUUUAAUUACAGCGUGUCAGCAACAGAAACGAUCUGGUACAAUAAUUGCUUUUUCCUUUAACUCCCAGCAUGCAUAGUCAGCCAUUAAUUAGCUAUAUAUGCUUACUCUACAUUACUGUUACCAUCUUCAUCCUGGGUUAUUCAAAGUGACACAUCAAAGGGAUACUAUAAGUGCCAGGAAUAUAAACCUAUAUUCCUGACACUAUAGCCCCUCGACUCCCCCCCUCUUCCACCCCAAACUUGUGUAAAUAAGGGGUUAAAAAAUCUUUAUUUACUUACCUUAUCCCAGCACCGAUGUCCCUCGGAGCUCUGACAGACCGCGCCGAGCCGGUGCUAAUGCGCAUGUGCAGAAAAUGCAAAUGCCGUGCGCGUAUUAGACCUUCUCAUAUGAAAUCAUUGAAUCAAUGCUUUCCUAAGGGGAAAAAUCUGACCCUGGAUGUCCUCAUGCAGAGCGUGAGGACGUUCAGCGUCAGGUACCGGACCAGAGGUUCGUUUCGAUUCAGGAAGCCCUCUAGUGGCUGCCUGUUAGACAGCCACUGUGGGCAGACUUACUGCUGCAAUGUUUCUCUGGAACUGCAAUGUUUAACAUUGCAGCACUAGGUGCAAAAGGGACACAGCACCCAGACCACCGCAAUAAACUGGAGUCUUCUGGAUGCCUACAGUGUCUCUUUAAGGUCUUAGGCUGCCCUAGGGAGAGAUUAGUUGAUGUGCCCACACAUAUAAGAUAAACCAUUUAAAGGGACAUAAAUAAUCCAUGUUCACUUUUACAAACAUAUAAUUAGCAUCUCACACAACUAUUUAGCCACAUACAUAUAUAUGUUUAUCAUACUGGGCUUGUGUCCAACCUUGUAGCUAAAUAUACUCUAAGGCUAAGCUGUAACAAUACUCACUAGAUAUUAGCAGGUGCGUAUUACUAUCAAGUUUCAAAAUUGUUGAAUAAUUUUAAUUACAACUGUAUCUGUAUAUAACUUUCUCAGAAAAUAUGGAGGUCCACAUUUUUGAGAAUGUUUACAAGCCGUGUAGUGCACAGACAUCUGUUUCUGUGUGUGUGUGUGUAUCUAGUGUAUCUUACCCAAAAAUACAUGCGCUGGACAAUUAUACCGCUCUGUAACAUUCUUUCUCGUGCCAUUUAAUUCCACCAGAUAUAGGAUGAGCUUGUUAGAUACACGCUUGUUGGAACUAUUAAGCAGCCCAGUCACUGUAGAAUUUUUUUAUUUUUUUUCCGGUGAAUAGUUCUGUUGGAAUUUGACAAGCAGACAUUACAGCAAUUUUUUUAUGUGAUUACUCUGCUUUCAACAGAGUGGGCUGAUAGCAAGUAAAAAAAAUCUCUAUUAGACUGCUCACUGGAAAACCGAAUUCUAAAAUGCCAAAAAAGGUUAAAUGUACCAUAAUAAAUUGUGAAAUAAGUCAGACGAGUGGUGUCGAUGGCGUAAAGGAAGCAGUACACAAAUCACUUACUUGCACUUGUCCACUCAGCCACAGCUGGAUGAAAUUACCAGUGGACUGUCAUCAACCGGGAUAGAGAUUGUCUGGGCAGUCACCGUUCUAUUAACGGCGUUCUCAACAACCUUCACUCUUGGCAGCUGACUUACAGUCGGCGUACUGUGUCAUCUACUGGUUAUUUAUUUAACUUUUGUUUGUUUGUUUGUUUUUUAAUGAAUGUACAUCAGCAAACAAAAAAAGACUGCAAAAUGGUGUAAUAAGUCAACCCAAUUUUAAAAUCUUGUAAGGUAAAGCACUCAGUGUAAAACAUUGCUGUUUUGUAGAAAAUGCAGUGUUUACCUUGAGAGACUUAUUGUCCCCUUGCCACCACCUGAAAUUUCAGAAGUCGAAUGCUGCCUGGGUGGAAGCUGAGACCGGUGCUGGAGGCAACAUCAGAGUUGAACCGGUCAAAAAUGGUUUAACCCCUGUAGGUAAGAAUGUGCCCGUGGGCCUCCUGGCACCAUAACAACUUCAUUCAGUUGAAGUUGGUUUGGUGCCUGGAGUGUAUCUUUAACCCCUUAAGGACCAAACUUCUGGAAUAAAAGGGAAUCAUGACAUGUCACCCAUGUCAUGUGUCCUUAAGGGGUUAAAGGAACACUAUAGGGUCAGGAACACAAACAUGUAUUCCUGUCCCUAUAGUGUUAAAACCAUUAUUUAAGUGGCUUGCCCCCCAUUAACCCUCUUAAAAGAUAAUAAAACCUACCUUAUUUCCAGUGCUGUGCGGGUCUGUUGGUGCUGGCCCUGCCUCCAAUCCACCUCAUCAGAAUUUAUGAUUUCAGCCAAUCCAAUGCUUUCCCAUUGGGAAGGAGGCAGGACAGGGGUGGGGCCAAAUGCCGACUUGAAUCAAUUCAUCUCUAUAAGGAAAGUUCAGCAUCUCCAUGCAGAGUGUGGAGAUGCUGAACAGCAGUGCUGCACACUGUGCAGCACUGACUCAGGAAACACCUCCAGUGGCCAUCUGAGGAGUGGCCACUUAAAGUGUCCCUAGGGGGACACCUUAAGGCAGUGUUUGAUGAAAAUGCAUGAUGGGAAUGAUUAUGCUAACCAGAACAAAUACAUUAAGUUGUAAUUAUUAUGGUGAUUAUAGUGUCCCUUUAAGUUGUUCCUUUAUCUUUUUUAUGUUUUACCUAUGCAUCUCUAUUGUGAUCUAGUAUGUAUAAUGUUUUGUCGAUUUGUAAGUAAGCAAAGCAGGCCAUACAUAUGGACACAUAGUUUGACAAUUACCUGUUAUUUAUUGUAACGUUAAUCUACACAACUGCAUAGCUAUGUCCUGUAAUUCUGUAAAGAUAAUGCGGAAAAAAAAUAUUUAAAAUAAGCAAAAUAAAAAACGUAUACGUACAUUAAGAUUCAGCCAUUUUCUGAUGAUUCAUUCGGAUAUUUAUUUAGCAAGUUACCAUUUCCUUUGAAUAACUGGACACAGUACUAAGCCUUAUAUCUUAUAAAAGCUUUAAUAAAAUGAACUGUGCUUCAUUUAUCCUUAUAAUAAAUCCACUGUUUAAUUCCGGCCAUGAAUGGAUUUAAAUAAAUCUCCAGACACUUUAGGGGUUAUGUAACAUAAAGCAAAUGUUGUAUUCUUCUGCGAAUAUCCGAUUAGCCCAGUGUUUAUUUGCGUGGAUAUUGUUUAUUGAUUCUUAAGAUUUUAGCAUGCUAAGAGGAAGUUUGUGUACGUAACUGCUGAAAACCUAGCAUAUUUGUUUGGUGACAUGGAAAACAGUCUUCACUAAGGGCAGAUGGAUUGUAUUUGUGGUCUACAACCCUCAAUUCCAUUACUCCUUUGGUUAUAUUGAUGUCUUUAAAAACUUGGACAGGGUUCAGAAUAUCAGUUUAGCAAUACUCGGCAAAGCUGCGAUUUUCUGUUGCUACAUAGUUUGGAGUGAACAAUCACUUCUUGUUAAAUGAGAAAGUAAAUCAGUUUAGGCUAGUUCAAGUACCAUAACUAUUGCAGCACUGCUCAUUGGCUUAGCGCAUAAGCUGAUUGCUCUCAGCCAAUGAGCAAAGCCCUGCACCACUGUAGUCGUUAUAGUGCUUGGAGUGUUUAUUUGAGUAUUCGACCAGGAAAAGAAGCCCGAAAGGUAAAACAGAUCCCUAGAACUACAAAUAUAAAAGGAAUAUGUUGAAAUCCGUAAAGCGUGUCUGUCACCAACUGUGGUCUUUGCAUAUUUUGCAAAGACCUCCGAUGAUGGAUUGCCGCGGGGGAUUCGUGGCAAAGGUAAAUUUUACUUAACUGAACCUAUCCCUUGUCCGUAGCUUCAGCUGCAUGUGCGAGAUUACAGCAUUGAGGUCUAUUGAAGAGACCGCAGGAUCCUCCAUUGAAAGAGUUUAAUUUCCCUGCAACCAUCACUGGUGAUGGUUAGGGGAAAUGACAAUCUUGUCGACGGAGACCCAGUGUCAACCUUUGUCAGGCGUAGGAAAAAUACUGAGAAACAGUAGUCUCUACUUUGUAUUAACAUAUAUUUUGACUGGGUUGGAAUUUCAGGGAAAUUCCAACACAGUCAAUCUGAGUAUUUGAGAUUCUAUCUUUAUAAAAUACGCAUUUUGGGUGGGUGACCAGCUUCAACUACUAUAUAGAUGACAGUUAGGUGAAAUGCAGUAUAUUUCUGGCGAAACCUUCUCUCAAGUUGAGCAAUGUGAGUCGGCUAUCGAUGCAUCUAACACAGAACGCACAUGGCUACAAAUUCACAACUGAGCCCCAGUCUAUCAUUAUGAAUAUUUCAAGAUAAUGUUUUCACAUAGUUUUUUUUAAAUUAAUUUGAAAAUAAAAAGUACGUUAGCAAGAGCUCAUACACAAGUACAGUGAACACUCACCAAUAACAUGGGAGAUGGGUUCUGUGGUUUAACAAAAUAAACAAUUAUAGUGCGAAUGCUCCUAAAAUAUUUUGACCAGUUAAAAUAGAUCACAGUGUGGCUAUUUUGUCAGUCCCUUCAGUGGCUGUUAUUUUUUAGUUACAUUUUAGCUACAAUUAUGCACCAAGUGUCUGCUUAUGCAUUCUGUUGGUCUACUAAUCUUGCCCUAUUCUUGUGCCUUUAUUUUAUUUUUGUGUAAUAAAAUAUAUAUCACACCUAAUUAUUAUUAACUGGUUGAAAUCUUUUCGGAGCGCUCACACUAUAAUUGUUUUAUUGAUCUCACAUAUUUAAGUCGCUAUCUCUUAGUGUGUGAAGCAGCCCAUGGUCAUUUAUAUAGAUUUAUUUAUCUCACCCAUGCUUUGUACAUACAUUUUAAUCUGUGAUGUUACAAAGAAUAUUGGAAAAAUACAAUAUAGUUCCAUCCGUAGAUCAUAGUGAUGCAUAGCUUAGAGAAGCUGACUGGAUUGUCAGACAGAUACCUCCCUCAUCGUGAAGAGGCUCUACCAAUCACGAAUCUCUCAUUCUGGUCUACUCUUAUCCAAUUAAGUCCUGCAGAGCAGGGGCUUAUAAGAUAGGUACUUUUAUCCUCAGCUGCAGUUACACUUAUCGGGGGGUGGAGAACUAGGGUAAAUGAUCUCCCUGAAAUGCCACACAGGUAUCCCAUUUCCCGUCUCGUGAUAGCAUCCUGGUGAGGAGUGCUGGAUCCUGGAUAAGUAAACGCAGGAAGGGUGGCAGUCACUAGGAUAGCUGCUCCCUGUUUGACAGCCAUUACACAGACAAAGUAUAUGGUCUGUCAAAUCAGGCACAAUAGGCCAACUGACGCGGUACUGAGAAGUUUUGCUUCCUGUGUGUAAAUGGUUCUCUGGCAAUGAGAGAAGUGAUUACAGAGGCCAGUCUCAGAGGUGUUGGCAGGAGUUUUGCAAUCUUUUAUUUUCCAUCUUGCAAGGUCUCAAAGCACUUUAGCAGGACCUGAAACCCAAGGGUCACAGUGUACUAUCCCUUCUGAUUUCCCAUUCUGCUGGAUCAGGGGGCUGCCUCUUAAGCAUUUCAAGGGGCAAUGUGAGCUCGAAGGGCAACCGUAUUUCAUAUAUAAUUGUAUGUACGUGUUUGAGGGUGUCAUUGUGUGUGUUUGUGUUUGAGGGUGUCAUUGUUAGUGUGUUUGAGGGUGUCAUUGUGUAUGUUUUUCUGAGGGUGUCAUUGCAUGUAGUGUAUGUUUUUGAGAGUUUAAUUUUGUGUGAGUUUGUUUUUGUAGAUAUAAUUAUGUUUGAGUGUCUGAGGGUGUAAAUGUAUGUGUGUUUGAGAGUACAAUUGUGCAUGAAUUUAUGUGUCUGAAUAACAGGAGCCAGAUAAUGUAUCUAUGCCUCAGCACGCAUGUAUUGACACACACAUGCCUAAUCACAUUUGCAUACAUAAAUACACACAAACUAACACUCUACACAAAAGCUACCUACAAUGUGUGUUACAUUAGAGGCCCACAGCAAUAAAACAAACAGUGAUAGGCAUUAAUGAUUCUUAUUUAGUACCUCAACUAAAUAAUGUUACAGUGUUGCCCCUGACAUGCUGCUUGUAGUGGAGGGGACGCUUGCCAGACACUCUUGAUUCCUUUUUCUGGGCUGUCCGUAUCCCCUGUAGCUGAAUUACCACCUUUCGUGUAUUUUUUCCAGUAUGUUUCGUGUGGUUCCUCUUUAGCCGUUUGGGAGACUUCAUACGAACAGAAUCCCUUCGUCUCCCGAACGAGGACCACCCCUGUACCCCAUUAGAACAUUGACACCAACCACUUAAGUGUGAAACCGCAAGGGAAAUAAUUAAUUAAUGCUUUCCCUGGGUGGUCGCCAUUUCGACCACCGAAGACAUGGUAGAGAGACUGGCGGCCAUCUUGUUUCCCAAACGUGGGCAGCGGUACUUGGUCGUCGAGUGCCAGGAACUCUUUUAGUCUAGGCACUCACACGAACACCGGUAAACCUCCGACCGCUGCCUGUUCCCGACCACCUACACGAAUGGCGUUCGGGAGAUAUGAACUACCGAACAGGGGGAGUAUUCAUACCCUGAAAGCAAGCAAUUCCCUUGUAUGGCGUUCGCACAGGAACCUCACAAACUGAGACCGGCCAGGACACCUAUUUCCUGGAACUAUUUUGGGCUAUCGCCUCAUGUCUGGUCAGUCAAAACUACACCACGAUGGCAUUCCCGUUCUACCUAAUCGAUCUGAGUGAUUCUUGGAUAUGCUGGACCCUCAGAUCGUGGCUAUCGGGGAAUGUACUUUCUGUGGGGUUCUUAGGUAUGGUUGGGGUACUUUUGGGGUAGGGAUAUUUUGUGGAUUUUCUGUACCUGAGCGAUAUUUAAAUUAGAGGAGUUAACUCAACCAAUUAUCUCUCAGGCACAGGGGAAUCUGGGAUUGAAACCCCUGCAUUUCUUGUGUAUGAAACCCCUUGCAUGGGACUGGGCAUAAAAGCCGUGUAUGUGAUAAUAAAGUUCAGUUGUACUCCCAGAAACGUGUAUCGUCCAUUUACUGGGGAGGAGGUGGAUUAUUCGUUGGCUGUUUUCUGAUAUUCCUGAUAGCUUCUUGGUAUACCAGCGGAGAAAAGUCCCUGUUAGGACUAGAGCUCCGCUACACUGCUAUAACCACAUAACCACACUGCUCUAACCACUGCGCUUCAGCUUAUUGGCAUUCAGCUGGACACAUCAAAGGAAAAAGGUUUUCAAAAUAUUUUGCCGUUAUAAGGCACUCUCACAGUUAAUAGUGGACUCUCCGCAAAAUAAAUAUUGCAAACAUGCAAAGUUGUCAUGGUGUUUAGAGUGACCCAUUAAUCUGUUUGAAAGCUACCUUUAAAAAAAAAAAAAAAAAAAAAAGCUAUUUUAAUUUAUGGCUAUUCAAAUCAAGUCUAGAAAGAGCAGACAUAAAACAUGUCUGCACAAACAGAUUUUUAAAAGAAAAAUGUUAAUGCAAAGCAGAAGAGGAACAUACGAUGCACACUGACACAGCCUGACACAAAGACAUUCCUAUAUACGUAUAUCUUCUGUAUUAACAACAUGCUCAAGCUGCAUUUGACUAGAGAGUUAAUUGAAGUGGUCUGGUCGAAGUGUCCCUGUUCCCUUAACACCUCAAUUUAAAACAUAUUACAUCCCUAACCUUCCAUCUUCCUCCACCAUCCCCACCCCGACACAAUCAAAGGGUUAAAAAAUAUAUAAAACUUUACCUGAUUCCAGCGCCUGAUUGUAUACCAUAACCACUACAGCAUGCAAAUGGUUUGCUGCAAUAUCAAUUCUGUCUUUCAUUGGAUGGAUUUUGGUGGCUGUAAGCAUCAGCUGACACUCGUUAGUCAGUUUAGUCCAGUUUUAGACCAAAUAAUUAUUGCAAAAGGGAGACAUCGAAUUAAUGAUGGGGCUUUAAUGAUGUCACAUAUCAAACUAUUUGAAAAUGGUUUUAUAAAUGGUUUGCAAGAGGGGAACAGCUAUAGCAUUAGAAUAGCAUGUUUCUGUUCCUAAAGCUUUCGUGUUCCUUUAAUUCACUGCUGCUACACACCAUUUUGUAAACAUGACAUUUGGGCGUGAUAUUUAUUUGAAAAAUGCCAGGUGAAGCUGCAUCGUGCUUGAAUUAAGCCAUUGUAAUGAUUGCAGCAUCAUUAACUUAGUGUUCUUUUUCUGGCAAAGAAUGGUUUAAACACAGAUGUAAAGGAAAAUGUGUUUCAAUAGAACAUUGUUUGUCCUGCUAUGACUUGACAUGCAGGCAGAACACUCCUAAAGCAGUUUGGAUUCCGAAACCCACAUUAAUUCUUAGAAACGUAUAAAUAUUCUACUUUUAGCCCUGCUUUAUUUAAAAAUGUACAUUGUUAUGAGCUGACUGAAAAUAGUAUGGAUGGCAUGAUUUGGCAUUUUGUGAACGGUAAACCAGCUUUAGAAGCAAAAGAAGGCUAACCAGGGCUGAGAGCCAUCACUAAGAGAUACGUAUAAUCAUAAUUUAAUUUAUUAUAGGGACACUCAAGCACCAUUAACACUACAGCCUAUAAAAGUUGCAUAUUAUCAAUCACAAUUUUUGUCAAACCAUUUUAAGCUUUCUACAUGCAAAUGGACCUCACCUUACCUACCAUUAUUACCAUGUUUGCCAUUAUUUUUAUCGGUUUUAGCCCGUAGCAUUCAGCAUAUUUUACUUUUUACCGAAGUAGCUUGAGACAGAAUAUCAAAUCUUUUAUAUAUUCCCAUUGUAAUUCCCAUCUUUCCUAUGUUAUUAAAUACCCUCACUACUAGAUUCUUGUUAUCUCUGUAGCAUGCUCUCCUCUGUAUUAGCUGUCAUCGGACCCUUCAAAUAAUACCUUUUACUACGGAUGCUUUUAUUUCAAUUUGAGCUCUCUCUGCCAAGUUCUCACUAAAAUAGGACCUUCAUCUCAUCCUCUGUUUGUCAAAUUUUGUGUUGUCUCAGAUGUGUUGUACCUUUGUCUUUUUACUUGUAUCAAUUUUACCCAUGUACACUGUCGUGAAAUGUGUUGGCACUUCCCUCCCACUGACCUUCCAUUUUUGUACAUUUGUACAUAGGCCACAUAAUCUUUUGGUUGGCCCUUUGCAACAAGUAAGUGUGGGGUCCACCAUAUCACUUCUCUAGUACAAAGAAAAUUGGGAAUUUGUUUUUUAAAUCCCUUGGCCUUGGCCAACAGAACUGAUCUUGGUUGUAUAGGGAGAGGCAUUAGCAGUAGAAAGAGGGAAGUGCUCAUGCCAUUGUACAGAACACUGGUGAGAUCUCACUUGGAGUAUUGUACGCAGUACUGGAGACCGUAUCUUCAGAAGGAUAUUGAUACAUUAGAGAGGGUUCAGAGAAGGGCUACUAAACUGGUUCAUGGAUUGUGGGAUAAAACUUACCAGGAAAGGUUAAAUGAUCUUAACAUGUAUAGCUUGGAGGAAAGACGAGACAGGGGGGAUAUGAUAGAAACAUUUAAAUACAUAAAGGAAAUCAACACAGUAAAGGAGGAGACUAUAUUUAAAAGAAGAAAAACUACCACAACAAGAGGGCAUAGUCUUAAAUUAGAGGGACAAAGGUUUUAAAAUAAUAUCAGGAAGUAUUACUCUACUGAGAAGGUAGUGGAUGCAUGGAAUAGCCUUCCAGCUGAAGUGGUAGAGGUUAACACAGUAAAGGAGUUUAAGCAUGUGUGGGAUAGGCAUAAGGCUAUCCUAACUAUAAGAUAUGGCCACGGACUAAUGAAAGUAUUUAGAAAAUUUGGCAGACUAGAUGGGCCACCUUAUGAGUGCUUGGAGAUAAAGGUAGAUUCUGAUAUCCAAUGCCUCUCUAAAAAUAUUAUUGAAACACUAGUUAGGAACUGGAAGCCUGUUACAUCCAUAUAUAACCAUCUCUAUAAGGUUUUCUCCUAAUCAUGUUUUGCAAGUCAUAUAAUUAACAGUCCAGGUAUUACUGCUUGAUUUUCCUCAAGCAGUAAAGAUUCAGGAAAGAUUCAUUCAGACUUUCCACUCUGUAGGUUUUAUGUUUCUUCAAAUAUGAAGCUUGCAGAGAAUACCUGGGUUCAUUGCUUUUAUUGAAGCCAUUUCAUGACUAGGAUCAAAUCUUGAAAAAUAUAGAUAUUGAUUUUAACAGCUGACUUUCUGUUCAGUAUUAUAACUGCCAGGGAUGUGGGUAAGAACCAAAGAUUCGAUAAGAGAGAACCACAUAUGUGUAAUGACAAGAUAUUGCUAAAUUUAAAUCUAGACUUAUAAAAGAACACUAUUGGGUCAGGAAUACAAACAUGUAUUCCUGACCCGAUAGAGCUAAACCCACCAUUUAGGUGGCUUGCCCAACACUUAGCCCCCUUAAAAGGAAUUAAAACUCACAUUAUUUCCACUGCCGAACGGGUCUGCCGGCGCUGGACCCGCCCCCUUGGUGACAUCAUCAAAAUAGCAGAUUUGUAGCCAAUCCCACGGGGAAAGCAUUGGAUUGGCUAAAAUCGGCAAGGGAGCGGGGCAAAACGCUGUUUUGGCCAAUCAGCACCUCCUCAUAAAGAUGCAGUGUAUCUGCAUCUCUAGGAGGAAAAUUCAGCGUCCCCAUGCAGAGCAUGGAGACGCUCAACGGCAGAGCUGCCUACUGUGCAGCACUGAGACAGGAAGCACCUCCAGUGGCCACCUGAGGAGUGGCCACUUGGAGGUGUCCCUAGGAGCAAAGUAAACACUGCCUUUUCUCUGAACAGACAGUGUUUGCAUGAAAAUGCCUGAAGACAAUGAUUAUACUCACCAGAACAACCACAUUAAGCUGUAGUUGUUCUGGUUAAAGAAAGCUACACACUUUAAACAUUAAGAUGCAGUGUAAGAUAUAUGGAGAUUCCAAGACCUCGGAAGCUUAUCUCACAAUUCCUAAAGGUCCCAUCAGUAGAUGGAGUCUAUCAGCUACCCUCACUGUUUAUGAUUAAGCUGCUGGAAACUACCAUUCUUUUCAUUUUAAGGAGGAAGAGGUAGACAUUUCAUCAGAGCAGAUUUGUAACUUGUGUAAUUUGGAAUCUGCAUACAUUUUCAAAGAAUUAUCAUUUAGCAAUACACCUCAAAGCGAGUGAAGCAGGAAAUAAUGUCUGUUUUUGCAGUAGAAGGUGUUAAUAAAGGGAUUUAUACUAGUAUAGAUUUCUCUUGAAAUCUGCAUUUCUGUAAAAUAAGCCUGCAGGGACAUAUGGUUACCCUCUAAAUCACUUUAGUAAGCUGAAGUCCUUUUGGAAACUGGAGUGCCACUUUAAUUGUUUCACUUUGAUGUCAAUGAAAAUACAUGUUCGGGUAAGAAUUUUACUGAGAAUGAAUGAUGGACCACUUCUUUAUCUUUGGACUUUUUUGGUGUGACCUAGGUCCUUGAUUCUGUUUUGCUUUAAGAUGGACAGUGCAUCAAAAGACCAAUUAAGGUGUAUAUACCUAGCAGUGCAACCAUGUUGUGUUUGUAGCCUGAUAUCAAUUGUUGCCAAAUUAAUUAUUUGGAAAUUAAAUAACAUGGAUAUUUGUAAUGUAUAAGUAAACAGGGACAAAAAAAAGACAAAGACAAAAAUGUAAGCCUUUCUGGAAAGAAUUGAAGAACCAGACAAUUGCAUUCUUAAAGGAUUAUGCAAAAAUGAUACUCAGGCCGUUGUUUUUCUUCUUACUUACGUAUUUGUGGUUUAUUUUUAGGUUAGUUUCAAGUAAAAGUGGUUUUCAGUGUUGUCUAUUACAGGCAGGAAAAGGAAAAUAACAAACAUCAUAUUUGUGGCAUAGGUUUCAUAUUUUGAUGCAGUAAAAGAAGAGUAAAAGGUCACCAGAUUGGAUCAAAUGGUAUAGGGUCAGAUAUGUACGUCAUCUUAACAUCUUGAGAUGAGUAUGAUGUGACAAGCAAGUUCAAGCAUGACCUUCUGCAUCCCCAAAAACAAUUUAAUUAUAAUAUAGCAAUCCAGAUUUUUAGGUAUGAAUAAAGCAAUAGUUAUACACUGAUCAGCCACAAAAUUAAAACCAUCUGCCUAAUAUUGUGUAGGUCCACCUCGUACUGCCAAAAUGCUCAUGUCCCCAUUGAAGGAGCUUUCAGUGGUUAACAAAGGUCAUCAUGGGCACUCUGACCGGUCUGCCGCUACAUUACCCCAUAAGCAGCAAACUGCAAUACACUGUGUGUAAGAACCCCUUUCUACCAUGGCCAUUGUAGCGAAACUCUAGUCCUGACAAAGACUUUUCUCAGCUGGAUCCGUAAUAACUGGAACUCAGGAACAAGGCACUGUGAAGUGAGUAGCUCUCCUCCCCAGUAACUGGACGACACACAGUUCGGAGAAUAUAACUGAUUUUUAUUCUGCCAAACCCGGCUUUUUAUGCAAAGACCGCAAGCCUGGGCUCUCCAUUCAAAACUACACUUGCCUUCGCUCUCCAUGUGCAUCAAUGUUGCAAACAAAUCUUAACGUACACAUCAAAUUGUAAUUUUCAGGGUUAUUUACCAAAGUGAGAAUUGCCAAGAACCGAGAGUGGAUUAAACAGCUAAAUUGGAAAAAUCAUCCAAGUCACCUAUUCUUCCAUUUCAACUAGUUUGAGCCAAAAGUUGAAGUUUACUUUGAAUUCUAAAAUUGACCAAGUAACCCUGACUGUGUGUAAAACAGCUCAUCUUUUUUAAUGCUUAUAAUUAAUUAUCUUACACAUAAACUGUUUAGUAAGUGGUCGCUUCACUAUGCCAUUACAUCAGAUGUAGAUUUUAACUUCCAGGAAAAGAAAUGGACCAAACAAGAAGACCAAAAUAGAAGAGUGAAAAAAAGACACUGCUCCUGACGACGGCGUGCUGACACGCCGAAACGCGUGUCGAGCUGCUUCUUUUUUCUUUUAUCACCAUUCUUGGUAGCACUUAGUUUUAGUAUGCACUAGUUUCUUUUCUCUCAGUUUCAGGCAGGGAGAUUGGUUGAGGUAGGCACUAGUGGUUAGUCCACGGUGCCGAGUUAUUAUAGGGAGAGACUUUUAGAGGCUUGUUGGUUCGUGGCUACUGGGGCUUGCCCCCUCCCACCUCCUUCCCUUUUACCUCUUGCUAUACGUCCUAGGGCUGCGCUGAGCUUUGGUUCCGACAUUUGGUUUGUGUUUUAGACACCUAAUGUGUCUCUGCUGUCGGACCUAGGUACGCUCAUUCAUCUUUUAGCUGUAUAUUUAUGUUUCUAUUUCUUAUCCAUUUAUUCUUUCACUAUCCUUAGAUUCAAUAAAGGUAGGGCAUCCCUUCUAUUUCUUUGUUAUUAUUCUAUUUUUGACUUCUUGUUUGGUCCAUUUCUUUUCCUAUAUACUACUGUGGGUUAUUCCCCAUUUAUUGUGAGAGUGACAGUGGGCAUUUUUUUGAGCUAAUCCACCAGCCCCUUCACGCUGGUUUUGGGACUUCUGUAUCAGCUCCUACGUAUUUUUUCCUUUCUAGAUUUUAACUUCCACCGACCUCAGACGGAACCUCACAAACGAUGAUAGGAGCUGUAGAAAACAGGAAUUAGUUUAAUUACCUGUCAGUCAGGCAGUAGGAUAGUUGAAAUGUUUCUUGUUACUCAGCCAGCCGUGGGCAGAAAGGUAUCACAGCCUGAAUUCUGGAUAAACAGUUACUACUCUGGGAUCUCUUAAAGUGGGGCCUUUCUGGUCUGCACUUUAUUCAUGGAAAUGAAUUAGGUAGCCAGAGGAUGGGGAAAAUUCUUGCUCUCUGCAAUGACGGCAGAUAUGUGUGCGUUCUGAUGCAAGACACAAAUGCUGUGCAAUACAAAUACUACCAGCCAGAAAAAUCGUAUAAAGGCCGUCGUAUUUACAGCCCAGGGAGGCCCCCCUAAGUGCAGGAAAAAAGUGUUCUUUAAAAAGUAAUAUUAAAAAUAAUAAAAAGUAAGGCUGCAGGCAGGAUCUGUGCACCAUAUUACUUCAGUAAGUUUUUUUCUUCCUUUGAGUGGCCCUUUUUAAAGGAGCAAACAUUAAAUGGACACUAAUGCAUCCAUAGCACAUCAUCUGAGUGAAGUGGUCUUGGUGCUGUUUUAGAUCGCAAGUCGUUUUUGUCCUGCAAACAAAAUCUUUGGCAUUUAGUAUAUAUGGCAAUGUUUUGAUUGCAGGGCGGAAUUUCUAAAAGCCACUAGCAGAUGCUUCUGCAGCAAUGACUGAGUUUGACUCAGUUAUGUGAUUUUCGUUAUCAAAUGCUGAUCAUUAGAGAAGCAUUUCAUUGGACAACUGCGACACUUGCAGAGCAUGUGCUUCUCGUCCCCAAUGCUUCUCUAUAAGAAGCAGUAGAUUAAAUGAGAAACCAAGGAAGAGACGCUUGCAGGACGACAUCACCAGGGUGGAGUGGGCUGCACCGCCAAGUAAGUCUUGACGCUAGAAGAAAAGUAAGAAAAUACUUUUCCCUUUUCUUUAUUGUAAUUUAAGGGUGCCCUGGAUCUAAAUACGGAUGAAAACACCAUAGCGUUAAGAGUACAUACUUUAUCAAUCCUUUAAAGUAAAAAAAAAACUCUAAAAAUGACUAUGAACUACUUAGCUUGGGAAAUUAAGCUAAUGUUGUCUUUCAAGAGGCAUUCUCGGGAUGGCCUAAUUAGUUUUGUCUCUGGAUGUUCAUAGUUAAAAUAUUUCCUUCCCGUGCUAAUUGCUUCUCGAUAUCAUCUGAUCUCCUGUUUAUUUCAGACGUCACUGUAAUUUUAGAGAAAAACAGGAAGACCUUAAGUUUAAGUUAUUGGUUUUAGUAUUAAAUUCAAGAUUCGAUUUUUUGUAUUGUCUGACUGUGCACCGAGCAUUCUAAAGUUUGUUAUUUUUUUCCAGAACACGAGUAUAGUAUCGUUAAUGCCGGUAUUUGUGAUGUACAGAAAAAAAUAAAUAGCAAAACAAAAAAAAAACAAUCCACGCUUAAAACUUUAUAAAUGAACAAAGAAAUAAAUACAUUAACAAAAGAAACAAUUAAACAAAAAAUACAAGGGAACAAAACUGUAUGAAACUGAAUAUCUUUAAAGAGGAACUGUCAGUUACAUAAAAUAUACAAUCUUAAGUAAAACAUUGAAAAUACCCUGUAACUUGUUAACCACUUUUUUUUUAAAGAAGAUGAUCUGUUUUCUUUUCACUUUAUAUUAAAGAUUUAGAACACAAUAUGAUAAAGCAGUUCAGGGGAGCCACAUUACAAUUGAGGAAGAGGAUAAAAAAAUAUUUUGUUUUGACUCAUUAAUUUUUUUUAUUUAAUUUUGUCCGAAAAUUUCGAUUCAGACUAAACAAAAUUCUUCAAAAGAUUUUAUUUUCUAAAAUCGGGUGCCCACUAUUCCCUGGAGGGAAUGAAUGAAAGUGGCAGUCACAAAGUAACUAGGGAAUGAUCUGCUAAAAUGCGGAACGAUUAAAAUUAACAAAUGCCUUUUCCUUCAUUUUGAUCUUUCAGCUGUUUAGUAGAUAACUCAUAAUUUACUAUACUUAUGUGGAAUUGUAAUAUCAAAGUAUACCAAAUAAGGGAGCUAUCUACUAAACAAUGCCCUAAUUGGGCUCAUAUAAACAUUUUUAAAUCUCUAAAUGUCCCUUUUCCGUAUUUCUUUGCUCCAAAAUCAAUGUAUUAUGUUUAAUGUAUUAUUGUGAGUAUGUCCCUAUGCGUUGAAACUUGUCAUAGAGUUGAAUAAAUUAUUGUGGGUUUUUUCCAUCCCCCCAAAAAACAAUAAGGUGGUCUCUAUUUAAGGGUCAUAUACAGAGUCUGUGGACCUGCUGGCAGAUUGAGUAAUAACUUGGGCUUCUGAGCCAAAAAGUGUUUUAGUAAAGGGGCUGUGGAGAGCAGGCAUACAGGACAAUAUCUUCAGCCGAAGGGAUAGGCAGAGGGGACAAUAUCUGACUCUAGUGGGGAGAGGUCUAUAUAUUUGGUUGCAUAGAUUUCCAGGAACUAGCCUUUCCAUAUUUUUUUCUUUCAAUUCUGGUUUCAAGUGACAACCGAGCAGCCCAGCGAAAGAUACAUGUACAUUCUGCCGUGCAGCAUCCGGGACGCCCCCUGCCAGGUCGGCUCGCUCAUCACAGACACACCGACGUCGAUGCCCCAGCCGUGACUUUAGACCUUCCCUCUAGUGACUGCGCCAACCUGGGAACCUCUGCACCUGACACCCUAGAAAUAGGCUCCCAAACUCGCCUGAAACUCCCUGGCUGUUCCUGCCCUGCCCCCCAACUAUCUAGAAAAGUUUUAAGCCCUUGCAAAAAAUCACCAGAAUGAUGAGUAGAAGAAGACUCACCAGCCGAACCACUGGCCGAUAACGCCUGAGGGGCUGUUAUACGGAAAAGUUGCCCAAAAGGUAGUUUUCCAGAUGUUGUAGAACUACAACUCCAAUGAUGCUUUGCAUACCUUAAGCAUGGCAAAGCAUCAUGGAAGCUGUAGUUUUAACAUUUAUCUCGGAAUCUAGCUUUUGGGCAGCCCUGGUCUAGACGGUAUACUGGAAAAAAAAUCUGUGUCCUAAACAGUCCCUGGGGAAAGUAGAGAAGGGAUGAAUGAUGUGACAGAACAUUUCUGAGAGCCAGUCACCUCUGUUCCCUUCUUGACAUAUGGAAAAAUAUUUUGUGUUAUUGACGGCAUCCAGUGAGAGAGUUAGAAAAGGGGCACGCAUGCCUAAAUGUAUGACUGCCAAAACUCUCUCACAUUUUUUUUUAUUUUUAUUUUUUUAAAUGAUGCAGUUAAAGUUUAUUUGCAGUUUGAAGGGACUGUUAUGAGAAAAUAUACAUAGAUACAAUAUCCUGCUGACUUCAUCAUAUGCAGAGUGCUCAUAAACAAGCACUGAUUAGCACCAUCGUUUGCAUCUCCUUCAAAUAUGCAAUCAUUCUUAAAGGUUUAAAAUGUAUACAAAGAAAUGAAAUGUUAGAGUAUGUUUAUGCUACCCAGCUGUGAGGGCUACAUAAUCUAAUAAAAACCCUGAACUCCAAUUAACCGAUUGAAUGCUCUUGUACUGAGUAACGUUAAAGGGACACUAUAGUCACCAAAACAACUUAAAACAGCUUAUUGAAGCAGUUUUAGUCUAUAGAUUAUGCCCCUUCAGUAUGACUGCUCAAUUCUCUGCCAUUUAGGAGUUAAAUCACCUUGUUUAUGCAGCUCUAGUCACACCUCCCUGCAUGUGACUAACACAGCCUUUGUAAAUAUUUCCUGUAAAGAGUCAUCUAAAGUUUACACUUAAUUGCAAAUUAUGCUUAAUUUAGAAUUUCUUAUCUCUUGCUCUCUUAAUAACUUGCUAGACCCUGCAGGAGCCUUCUAUGUGUGAUUGAAUUUCAAAUUACAGAGCAGGAGAUAAAAAUUUGUUUUAAUAAUUUACAUCUGAUUGGAAAUCAAGCCAUAAAUUGGUGCACAAAAAACCCACCUCCUUUCCCUUUCCACGUAUAUAUUUCUGUCUAUUCCGGUAAGCAGGAUUAUCUUUUCUGUCUAAUGAGUCUGUCUGCCUUUCAUAAACUAAUUUUUGAGAAAAUUAGAGUGUAAUUUAAUCUCGGACCUAAUGUGAAUAUUAAAAAGCCACAAUCCUUCUUAUUAAAUCUACACAUACUUGGUUCAUAAGAUAAAUUGAUUUAGGGACGAAGAUGAGAAUAAUGCUAGAUGUAAUUUAUUAUUCAUCUCUGGAGCUUGCUGAAGUGCUUUAUAUGUGUAGUGUGUAGCAUUUUUUUUUUCAUUUCACAAAAAGUGCAAAUUUCAAUAGAAACUGGCAUUUCUAUAAAUCAGCCUUCAAAGUUAUUCGCUAAAGUGAGAAUUUAAAGGGAAUUUCAAAUUUAAGGCCAAAACAGAACAUCUGGAAAAAAAAUUCUCUAAGUCAGCUAGGCUUCCAAUUCAACUAUUUCAGCUAUUUUUACAUGCCCUACUGGCACUCCUACAUUCUCACGCACACAGACUGACAUGCAUUCACACACAUACACACUGACUCCCCUGCAUUCACACAGACUGACAUGCAUACACACACAGAGACUCACAUACACCCAUGCCUCAGGGCCAGAUUAAGAGCCCAGUGGGCCUGGUGCUGACAAUUAUGACGGGCCUAAUUACAGAAUCAUAUCGACCAAAAACAGUAAAACACUCCAAAGCAUCAUGUAUCUGAUGGUGCUGGAGAGAAAGAAAACAGCAGCUAUAAGAAAACACAUACCCUAGGCUAACCUCUCUCUAAUUUAUGUUUUCAUCUUUCAAGUAAAUCCAUAACCCCUAACAGCAGUGUCCAGUUAGGCAGGAAGUCAAUGGGCAUGGUAAAAGGGUGUGCCACUGACACAAAUCACGUAACCUGCCUGCCAAAAGGGGCAAACAUGCCCAAAAAGAGGACAUGUCUGCUCAAAGAAUUAGAAGGCCAGUCUGGCAUGAAUGCAUGUCAGGCUGCCUGCCAAUCAUGCAGCUGGCCAACUAAGGGCAUACUAUGCAGACAGUACCCUGAGCUUGGCAUAAAUGCAUCUAAUGAUGCGCUCACUCAACGCUUUCUAAGGACUGUCCCCUAGCACUCGCUGGUCCACUUGUCUCCUUACCUUCUUACUAGCAGGCAGAAGCUCCUGGUAUAUGGUCUGGGACAGAGAAAAGCUGUAUGUAGUGAGUGUAGAAGAAAGGGAACAUACCACAGUGUUAGAGAGACCAAAGUCAGCAUUACCUUAAAGGAUCACUAUAGGGUCAGGAACACAAACAUGAAUUCAUGACCCUAUAGUGUUAACACCACCAUCUAGCCCCCCUGGGCCCCUCAUGCCUCCAUAAAUAUAUCAAAAUCUUACUAUAUUCAAGCCUGAAGCUGUAACUCUGCAUGCUGUUAGACUCAUAAAAACAAGCAGUCUGCUGACAUCAUUAGAAAUGGUGGCCCGAUCCAAUCACAGUGCUUCCCCAUAGGAUUGGCUGAGACUGACAAAGAGGCAGAUCAGGGUCAGAGCCAGCAUGAUUCAAACACAGCCCUUGCCAAUCAGCAUCUCCUUAUAUAGAUGAAUUUAAUUAAUGAAUCUCUAUGAGGAAAGUUCAGUGUCUGCAUGCAGAGGGAGGAGACACUGAAUGUCUGGAUGCAUUUUAGGCAACCAUGACCCAGGAAGGAUCUCUAACAGUCAUCUAAGGAGUGGCCAGUUAAGUUAUCACUAGGAUCUAAUGUAAAGACUGCAUUUUCUCUGAAAAGCAGUGUUUACAGCAAAAGGCCUGACGGUAAUGAUUCUACUAACCAGAACAAAUUCAAUAAGCUGUAGUUGUUCUGGUGACUAUAGUGUCCCUUUAACUAUAUUCAUUGUCAGCCAGUCCACACAAGUUUUGUUCCCAUACAUCCCUCUUAAGUUUCCAUACUUAAGUAAGAGUAUGUGAAAAGUAGUUAGGGUUGCCCCCUUUCUUGGAAAAACAUACCGGCCUUACUAAUUUGCAUAAUUAAAUAUGUAUGGAUGACAUCACAUAAUGUAAAUCACAAGGAGUGACAUAAGAGAAAAUGCUGUAAAAUCACCCAAAAACUACUUAGUUUGAUUCUGCUGUAUGGAUGGAUUCCUCCCAGUGCCCCCAUGUCUCCCAGUGCCCUCAUGACUUAGUGCCCCCAUGUGUCGAUUACUCCAGGUCUCAGUGUUCCUAUGUAUCAGUGUCUCAGUGCCCCAUGUCUCCCAGUGUCCCUUAGUGUCUCAGUGUCUGCCAUAAUGUCUCCCAGUGUCCCUUAGUGUCUCAGUGUCUGCCAUAAUGUCUCUCAGUGUCUCAGUGUCUGCCAUAAUGUCUCCCAGUGUCCCUUAGUGUCUCAGUAUAUGUCUUUCCCCCCAUCCCUUACUUCCCUGAGCUGUAGGCUGUCUCUGCAGGGUGGGAGUUGCUGUCUGGACUCUCUGUAGCUGCACCCCUGCAGAUCAGUGAAUAUAGAUAGGCAGGGAGGGAUAUGCUGGAACUUCCUAUCCCUGCCUGUCUCCACAUACAGCGACCCCUACUGGCCAGUGCUGGUAUUGCAUAGUAAUCUCUUGUUUAUACUGAGAAAAAUAGCAACAUUUGUAUUGCCAGUAUCACUGCAAUAUUGGCACCAGCCAGGCAGCCUCAAAUAUUGGCUGUGCCAAUAAAAUAAAAACCAGGUGGAAUACCUUAGAGUAGUGUGUGAAAAGAAAAAAUUUAAAAAUUUUUUUUUUUUUUAAAUCAAUGGGCCUAUUCCAUGGGCCUGGGCCUGGGCCUGGAGCUGCAGCUCCAUCAGCCCCUAUGUUAAUCCGGCCCUGCCAUGCCUUCACACAGUGACAUAAAUUACAAAGACAAUCCUGCAUUCACACACUGAUAUUUAUGUCAAAUACACCCCUGCAUUCACACAUAUACACAUACAAUUACCUGUCUUAAAGUGGCAAGCUUGCAUACACACACACACACAGACACACACAAUGACAUCCCUUUCACAAACACACUUGCAUUUACCCACACACAGCGGUGUACAUACCGCAGUCGCAGGGGUCACAGCUGCGACAGUGCUCCGUCACUCCAGGGGGCCCGGCCGCCCUGCAGAACCCCGCGACCGGGUACCAGCUGCCACGUUUUGCGGCCCAGGCGGUUUGUAUGUUAAGAGGUCCAUCGGGUGGCCCAUGCUGUCAGGGUCACCCGAUGCAUAUGGAUUAUCAGGGGCCCAGUCGGCGCUUUAACAGCGCGACCGGGCCCCCUGUGAUUACAUCACAAGCCGGGAGGAAGUGACUCCCCUGUCACUCCUCCCAGCAUACAGAAAGCACGCACGGGAGGAAGGAGGGGGAGGAGUGAGUCAGAGUGGGAACUCUGACUCCCAUCAGGCUGAGCCACUGGACCCCAGGGAAAGUCACAAAAGGUAGGAAACAUUUUAUGUGUGUAUGUGUGUCUCUGUAUGUGUGUAUGUAUGUGUGUGUGUGUCUCUGUAUGUAUGUAUGUAUGUAUGUGUGUCUCUGUAUGUGUGUGUAUGUAUGCGUGUGUCUCUGUAUGUGUGUGUAUGUAUGUAUGUGUGUGUCUGUGUGUGUGUGUAUGUGUGUGUGUUUGUGUAUGUGUGUGUCUGUAUGUGUGUGUCUCUGUAUGUGUGUGUUUCUGUGUAUGUGUGUGUCUCUGUAUGUGUGUGUGUGUGUCUCUGUGUGUGUCUGUCUGUAUGCAUGUGUCGGGGGGCCCACGGUCAGGGGGAGAGGGUCAGGGUGAGGGGGGGAAGAGUCAUGGUAGGGGGGGAAGAGGGUCACGGUAGGGGGGGGCCCAGUUUUGCACCGGUGCCCCAUGGAUUGUGUGUACGCCACUGCCCACACACUACCCUGUGUUCACACAAACAAUGAAUUUCUACACAAAUUGGUAUUACACACAAAUAUACACUUGCAUUCAUACACACCUACCAAUAUCUUACUGCACUUAAAAUAUAUAUAUAUAUAUAUAUAUAUAUCCAGCAUUCACACAAACAUACACCAUAAAAACCACUACUGCAUUCAGACACUACUACAUAAUAUUAUGAUAAAUUAUAUAUAUGCAUUUUCAUAUAUAUAUAUAUAUAUAUAUAUAUAUAUAUAUAUAUAGGCUGCAUUCACCUAAAAAAAACAUACAUCACAAGGAUGACUUAGGCAAAACCAAUAAGGAUUUGGUUAUGACAUAUGAUACAUACACAACACCACUGUACCCCACUUCUGGUAGGUCCUACUUUAGAACCUAAUGCUUGCUUUUACUAGAUUAACCCACUGACUUGGGAAAACAAACCGAGGGAGUUGGUCUAUAUUGCCACUCUAUAAAUACGGUUCACAAGGGCUUGAAUCACUUUACAAUGCAUACAUUAUAAGGGACUGGGACCAUUUAAAAUAUUGUACAAAACCAGUGCACUCCUUCAAGUCUAAACUCGGAGGAUGGAUCGACGAGCGCAUGUACAAUGUGUGAUAAUAUGCUGUAACAAAAUCACCAUUUAUUUAAUUUUUUGCAGGUGUCUUUAAAAGCUCUCAAAUAAUUCUGUGGGUGGGGGAGUUUUUUUUUUUUACAUUUAUUUCAGAUUUAAUGCAUUAUGUAAAAAACUUGGACAUAUCGUUGAUCUACUUGAUCAGGAAAUCAUAAUAUAUAUUAAUACAUAAAACAGAUCUGUCACCAAAAAUAAACUUAAUCUAAUAUGUUUAUCUAUAGCUCGCUGUGUCUGAAUCUGUUUUUAUUUAUUUUCUGAGCGCUCUAGUUUUCAUUUAAUACAUAAAUACAAGUAGGGACUACUUUUCCUCAUGUUAUAGCAGUCAGGUUGACAAAACUUGACAAUGGGUGGAGCUUAAAGCAAGGUUCUGUUUCGGUUGCCAAUCAAAUUAACCCACAAUCCAUCAAUACAAUCAAUCCCACAGAAGGUCAAACCACAGACAUCAUGGACGGAGGAGAACAAAAUGGCUGCUCCCACAUAUUGAGAUCCGGCACAAGGAAGAAAAGAUAAAUAUAAAUAAAGACAAGUAACAAGGAUGGGAGUAUAAUUAUUAAAAUACUGGGGGCAUAAUGAAUGUAAAACCAAAAGGGAAAAAAAAAGAAUUACAAGUCCGCUUUAAUCAGGACAUUUUUGUCUAAUUUCUUCAACAAUACUCAAAGUUAUUGAUUAUUACACUAAAACUAAGAAUAGCUUUUCCCUCAUUCAUCAAAAUGUAGUUUAUAUUCUUAAUGGUAAUUUUUUGUUGUUGUUAUAUGCAGUAUUGAUGUGGGUAUAACUCUUAUAUUUAUGAAUUUAGGCAACUGGCAAUGACACUUGAGACUAAAAAAAAUAUUUGUGCACUGUGAGACUGUUGUAUAUAACUUACUUCCGAUGUUCAGAUAAUCUGUGUAUUUAAGUAUAUAAAUUAAUAUGAAUAUGUUUAUUUUGUUCUGUUUGCAGUCUUUGGAAAUAUUUACAGUCAAUGAAAGAUGAAGAUUAUGUACAACUCAAGUUUAGCAAUCUAGCACAAGAUUACUGAGGAGUACUUUUAGAUGGAUCCACUGAUGCAGUCCGAUUAUACUACCUUGUGCCUCAUUCAUGGUAUAGAUGCUCCGUGUCCAAACUUUGAAGAAGAAAAUGGCAUAGUGGCCAAAGCUGUGAGGACCUGCUAUCGACAUAUUGAUAUAAAUAUAACACAAACUACUGAAAAACCAAUCACUUCUUCGUGGUUCUCUGCAAUUUUUUGCUUGACUGGCUUAAUCUCUAAUCUCUUUGCCUUGUGGGUAUUGGUCAGUGCAUCGAGGAGGACUCACAGUCGUUCACGAUCCUCUUUUCUCAUUUUCCUUUGUGGUUUAGUGGUUACGGACCUUAUGGGACUUCUGGUCACUGGAACCAUUGUAAUGUCAUAUCAUAUUACACGGUUCAACUGGGAAACGUUUGACAAGGACUGCCAUCUCUGUAAUUUUUUUGGACUAUCCAUGGUCUUUUUCGGGCAGUGCCCUCUUCUUCUUGGUGCUUCGAUGGCUGCAGAACGCUUCGUUGGUAUAAAUAAGCCAUUUUCACGGUCGGCUAAUGUGUCCAAAAAGAGAGCAGGUGGCAUCGUCGUUAUGGUAUGGUGCUUUGCUUUCUUUUUAGCCUUGCUUCCAAUUAUGGGCCUUGGGAAAUAUACGUUACAAUUUCCAAAAUCCUGGUGUUUCCUGACAUUGCUUCAAGAUUCAAAUAACAAAGCAUUUGGCUUGAUUUUCUCCUUGACUGGUAUACUCUCUGUGUGUCUCUCCUUUGUACUAAACACUAUCAGUGUGAUAACACUCUGCAGGGUUUAUCAUGACCGUGAGUCUGUUCAACGGAGAAGGGACAGUGAGGUGGAGAUGAUGGUCCAGCUGGUUGGGAUCAUGAUAAUUGCCAGUGUUUGUUGGCUGCCAUUACUGGUAAGUAACUUGAAAUGUUUAAUAUCUUUUACUAUAUACUUAAACACUCUUAUAUUUUUAUUUUUAAAAAAUGUUUAAAUGUCCCCGUGCAAAAUAAAUAUGCCUGGAAAAACUCAAACAUUGACUAUUUAUUUAUAUUCAUAUAAUUACUAUCAAUUUAACUAAGGUAUCUAUUUAUUUGUUUAUGUGCUGGUAAAUGUCAGGUUUGCAUGCUGGUUUGACGUCAAGACGCUGUUCUUAGAAGAAUCAUUUUUUUUAUUUUAAGUUCUUCUAUGCCAACUCGUCUUCAUUUUUAUGAUUUUGGCAUCUAAAUGUCCAGUAUUAGCUGAAUCAUUUCUACAGAAAUUGACAUUUUCUUUGGCAUGUCCGACGUUCAUUCAUGUGAUGGUUUGGUGCAGCCAAAUAUUGCCCAUGGGAAAAAAUUCUAGGAAAUAUUAGACCAAAAAGGCCACGAAAAUGGGCCAAAUAUUAACAUUAACAAUAUGAAUAUGAGGGAAAAAGACAAGUAGCAGCAAAAUAAAAACUACAUAUUUAUAUUAUAUUAUGUAUAUUUAUUUAUUUUUUUAUUAUAUAUAUUUUUUUCAUUAUUUUUAUUAUUAUUAAAUAUGUAAAAUAGAAAUAUAGAUUUUUUUUAAAUGAUUCUCCUUCUUCCCCUCUUUUGGUUUCUUUUCACUUGAUGUGUAAAUAAAAUCAACAUUUAGUGGCUGUCCCUUGGCCAUCAAUCAUCUUUUCCCAUAAGUUGUUUUUUUGGCACCAUGUGCAGAACUGUUUUGUAUUCCUAACACUAAAGUGUUCCUUUAAAGGACCACUCAACACCCAUAAAGCACUUAGCUUGUUAACGUGCUUUAUGGGUGAGAAGCAUCCCAUUACAAAGGCACUUUAUAAAAGUGCAGAUAUCUAUGACAAAUCGUCACUUUUAUAAUUAUUUAAUAAAACACCUUCCUGGCUGUCAAUCAAUGUCUUCCUGCUUCCAUUAAGCUCCCCAAUGUUUAGGUGCCAUGUCCCUGUAGUCACUAUGGGUGCUUCCGUCUAAAUAUCAGAGAUAUUACUGCCCAGCUCAUGGGUCAUCCUCUCACCUCACUCUCCUGCAAUAAAGUGCAAAUGGCCAGAUCAGGGAGAUAUUUCAUCUCCCCACCGGCUUGUGAAAGGAAAACCAAGACUGGCGUUUCGAUAGACCCGGCUCUGCGACUGCAAGGAUCUUCUCCUCUGUCUGCAUCGGCCCAUGGCCAAUGCAUCCCACCGGGCAAUUGUCUGGUUUGCCCAAUGGCCAGUCCUGGUCUGGUUGGGAGGAGUUUGCUGGGUAACAGAACUUUGCUGCACAUCCUUCUAUUUGUUAAGUAAUGUAAUAGAAUGUCAUUUAAUAACUUGCUAUGCAGCAUGUGCUGUUUCAGACUAUGCUUUCACUGAGAUCCUGGAGAGCAUAUGCAGCAAGAUGUUCAUGGGUAGAGUGGAGGGAACAUCACAUUGAAAGUCAGGGGUAUAUCAGGAAUACUCCUCACCUUCCUGUUAGUGUAGGGGUUUAUGGUAUCCAGCAAUCUCCUCGUUUGUAGCUUGAAAUAUCAAUUAAAUGGUUAAAAUUCAUCAUCAGCUUUAUAUUUAAAGCUAGCUAAUUUUUCCAACAAUAAAUUUUAAAGAAUGUUUUUGCUGAACAUAUUUAACUAAAAUGUAUGUUUGCCAAGAUGCCCAAUUGUGCAAUAAGGGCUGCUUAUUCCUUGAUGACAAUAACUUGUAAAAUUAUAAAAAGAUGCAUAUUCAAAUGUCUGUUUCAUGCCCCUCGAUGCUUUGGGUAUCGUCACAGAUGCAUUUUCGAGUUUUGCCUCAAAAGGAGGAAACACAUCUUGACUCCAAAAAUAGCUUGUUGAUCCAGCAAGAGAUGAAAUCUGCUGUUAAUAAUGUCAAUAUUGCCAUUUCUGGAUGUUCUGUACAUCAUCUAAAUUAGUUCUUUAAAAGAUGACUCCAAGCACCAUAACCACUACAGCUCACUGUUCUAAAAACUGCACUGAGCUAAAAGACAUGUAGUACAAUGAGGUGCGUCUUGGCUGAGAGCGCUCGACAAACACUCAGAUCCAAUGAGCUGAACCUAGAAGGUUUACAAAGGUUUGACUACUUACCCUGGGUGGUUGCCGGGGGCACUCCAGACCCUAUAAUCACUACAGUGGGCUAUAGUAGUUAUGGUGCAUGGAGUUUUUCUUAAAACAUGUCCUAAUGUUGUUGAUAAAACAGUCUUUAUAGACAGUGAAUCCCAUCUCUGCGUUGGCCUUACUAUAUAGAAACGCUGCAAAUGCUUUCUGAAGGAUCCAAUUCUUUUUUUCUUUGUACCUAGAGGUUACAAGCACCAUUUUUUUGUUCAGGCCUUGUAUUUUCAUAAAGUUAUGCUAAAUCCCUUUUUUUUUUAAUAUAAUUUAUUAAUUAUCAUCCUUUUUUUCCCAGUAAUAAUUUAGUAGGAUGCCCUUGCUCUUUUUUUCAAUCUCAAUGUUCCAUACUUCCCAACAUUGGGAGGUGUACAAUCGGGAAGGGGACAGUGGGCCCUGAGGCCGGUGUCUCCAGUAACCAGACUUGCAUCACCGGUGAUGUCUAUAAUGGGCGGUUCCAUUUGGAAAUAGGGUGGGACAGCCCACUGACGGACGUGUCAGUCUGGCAUCAAAUACUCCAGGCUGACUGACAACCUGUCUGGUCUGACAAGACGAUGCAGGGAGAGAUUUUGUCCACUGCACAGCAUUAACAUAUGUAGUGAUGCACUCAUGCUGUUCUGCCCGGGGACAGUUUCCUGGUGGACACCAGAGGACUAAAGUGGGAAAGUGGGACAGCAUACUGAAAUCAGAGUUAUCUGCUUAUCACUCUUUUUCACAAGUGCUAUUUAUUUAACUUAAAUAACAUUACAUGCAUUGAUCUCAUUUUUAUUGGUUUUGCCUUAUGUGUGUGGUUGUAAAAUUUCAUGUUUUCUUUUUUUUACCUAGAUUUUCAUAGUGCAUACAGUUUUGCAACAGCCCGUGGAAGGAUUGAAGGAUGGAGAAAUCUCAAGAGAAACAGAGAAAUUUCUUCUAAUUUAUAUCCGAUUAGUCACAUGGAAUCAAAUCCUGGAUCCGUGGGUUUAUAUCCUCUUUCGGAGAGCAGUGUUAAAAAGAGUUUACCCUAGUCUGACCACUCGGCCAUCAAUUGUGUCCUUGUAUCCAACUCUCACUGCCUCCUUUCGACGAAAAUUCACUCAAGAAUCCGUGAUUAGCUAA